AUGGCUCAGACCAGUUUGCUUCAAGGAAAACCUUUCUACUGCAGGGAAUGGAUUUUCCACAAGCUUCAGCAUUGUCUGCAGGAAAAAGCAAACUGCAUCACCUCUUCUGCAAACAAACUUGUUCUUGUGGCAAAUUCUGGGAGCAAUGGCGGCAACACAGGAAAAGGGUCAGCUUGGGGUUUAUUGUUUGUUGGCGGCCCAGGUAGCGGAAAGACGGCUCUUUGUACAGAGUUGCUGUGGCCUAGUUCCCCUGCAGGUUUGCAAAGAGGUCUACAUCGGCAGGUUCUGGCGUUUCAUUUUUGCAAGGCCCAAGACACGGACACCCUUUGCGUUGGAAGCUUUAUCAGGUCAUUAAUUGAUCAGAUUAGUCGGGGUGGACUGAUGCCAGGUUAUGAGGAGAAAUUGAGUGAUCCUUCUGUGCAGAGUUUUCUACAGUCUGGGGAAUGUGAACGUAAUCCAUCAGAGGCCUUUAAAAGGUACAGUAGUUGGGUUUUCGCUUUCUAUUCUCUCCACCUUACCCCACCCCCCCAGGAACUAGGAAUGCAAAAUGGGCCUAUCCUGUUACGUCCGAAAUCGGGUCAAGUAUGCAGAAAUUUAUAUAUACAAAAACAAAAAUAUAUAUAUAUAUAUAUAUAUAUAUAUAUAUAUAUAUAUAUAUAUAUAUAUAUAUAUAUAUAUAUAUAUAUAUAUAUAAAUUAAUUUAUUUUUUGUUUUUUGUAGUGCAUAGUUUUACAGACAUACUUGCAUUUUCAAUUCAGAUCAUUAUAUAUCACAAUGAAAGAUAGUAAUGAUAACACAAAGUCAAGAAUACUGCACUCGGGAUGGGGGGGAGAACACUAUGGGACGGGGAGAAACCACUAUGGAACAGGGGAGGGGGGAGAAAAGAACACUAUGGGACAGGGAGGGGGAGAAAAGAACACUCAUGGGACGGGAGGGGGGGAGAAAGAACACUAUGGGACAGGGGGGGAGAAAAGAAUUGAUGGGGGGAGAAAAGAACACAAUGGGAUGGGAUGGGGAGAAAAGAACACUGGGACAGGGGAGGGGGGAGAAAAAAAAGAACACUAUGGGACAGGGGAGGGGGGGAGAAAAGAACACUAAAAAAGAGGGAGGGGAUAGGAACAUUAAGGGGGGACCACUGAGGGAGAAGGGAAGUGUUUCAUAUUAGAUUAAUUAAAUUAAUUAAAAAGUCUAAUAUUAACAUAAUUAUAGGAAAAAAACUUUUUUAAAAUCAUUUGCGGAAAAAAGUAAUUUUCGGUAUUCGGCCAAUGGCAUCCUGAAAUUUCGGUUUCGGCCCAGAAUAUUCAUUACGGUGCAUCCCUACCAGAAACGGACCUAUUAUUAUUAUUAUUAUUAUUAAUAAAGUGUCAACAAAUUCCGCAGUGCUGUAGAAUGGGUGCAGAACUAUAAGUCUUAAACUUUCAUGCAUUCUCAUGUUUAAACUGUUGGGAACUUGGAGGGAAGCAUUCUCUAAAUUUCUGGAUAUUUGUAGGAGUUGACAAAGCUUUAAAUAUCACUUUCUUGCACUAACCCAUUACCUUGUUUGCUACUUAAACCAAUCUAUGCGCAAUACAAAGGUAGAAUCUCAGUUCUGUCAGUUAUUUUAGCAAAGUUAAAAUAUUUUAGUUGCAUUAUUGCAUUGCUUACAUCUGUAAACAGUGACUGCUAACACAUGUGCACACAUUUUCUUACUCCCUCGCCUAUAUCAGAAUCCACAAACAUGUUCUCUACACGGUGGAAGAAUGACCGACUAGGCACAGUUUUCCUAGACAGUCUUGAAUCUACAGUGAUACUUAUAUUUCAUUAAUAAUCACUGCUUGCCUGCAUUACACUAGCUUAGCAAUAGCAUCUAUAUCUUAUUGCAAACCAAGCAAUAGCAUCUCCUCUUUUGUCAAACCAUUUGACCGGUGCACCAUAACUACUACAAAGCUGCGGUGGUUAUGAUGCUUAGAGUAUCACUUAUCCACCUUUAUUAAUUUAAGUGUAUACAUUAAAGGGACACUGUAGUCACCAAAACAACUUUAGUUUAAUAAAGUAGUUUUGGUGUACAGAUCAUGCCCCUGCAGGCUCACUGAUCAAUUCUCUGUCAUUUUAAUAGUUAAUUUACUUUGUUUAUGCAGCCCUAGUCACACCUCUGUGCAUGUGUCAACUUCCUGUAAAGUAAGAGCAAAUGUUUAAACGUCCUUUAUCGCACAUUCUAUCUCCUGCUCUGUUAAAGGACCACUAUAGGCACCCAGACCACUUCAGCUUAAUUAAGUGGUCUGGGUGCCAGGUCCAGCUAGGUUUAACCUUUUUCGCAGUAAACAUAGCAGUUUCAGAGAAACUGCUAUGUUUACACAUGAGUUAAUCCAGCCUCUAGUGGCUGUCUCAUUGACAGCCGCUAGAGGCGAUUCCGCGCGACGCCAGCAUUGAGAAAGCUUUCCUAUGAGACUGGCUGAAUGCGCACAUUCGCAUUCAGCCGAUGACUGAAGAUAGGGAGGAGAGUCCCAGCGCCGAGAGAGACCAGUGCUGGAAAAAAGGUAAGGGAUUAACCCCUUCCUCCUUCAGCGCCACGGGAGUGGGACACUGAGGGUGGGGGCACCCUCAGGGCACUAUAGUGCCAGGAAAAAGAGUAUGUCACAGCAAGGAGAGUUGUGGCUAGGGCUGAACAAACAGAAACAAAAGUGAUUUAACUCUUAAAUGCCAAAGAAUUAAACAGUGAGACUGCAGGGGCACGAUCUAUACACAAAAACUGCUUCAUUAUGUUAAUGUUGUUUGAUGUCUAUAGUGUCCAUUUAAAUCAAAUAUAGCUUGCAUUUUACAGCAAGAAUCUUAAAUUGUUACCAGCUAUACAGUAUAUGCAAAUACUGAAAUAGUUAAAUCUUACCUAAUAAAUAUCUGUCCAUAAAUCUGUCAAAAAUAUUGUGCCCUAAUCUAAAUAUCAUAAAAGAAAAAGCGUAAACAUGCAAAUGAUAAAUGAAGAAGUCCUAAUAAUGUAAUCAAUACCCUCAAUAUAAUAUCCCACAGUAUUGAUAUGUUGGCGUAGAAUUAAGCAAAAAUAUGUUUUUUUAUACAAUAUACACACUAAAAAUACAGUAGUGAUCAGUGUUUUACAUAUAUGCAAAAAAAGUACAAGUAUCAAUUAAUGGGACAUUGUAGGGACCCAGACCACUUCAGCUCAUUGAAGUGGUCUGGGUACAGUGUCUCUAUUGCCCUUAGUGCUGCAAUGUUAAAAAUUGCAAUUCCAGAUAAACUGCAAUGUUUACAGCCACUAGAGGGCUUCCUGGCUUGAAACUGACCUUUGGUCUGGUAUCUGAAACUCAGUCUGAAACUCAGUCGUUCCUGUUUAAACUUUUCAGUUAUUUAAAAAAAAAAAAACAUUUUAAUGCGAUAAAUGAUUUCAAUACACAUUGUUCCUGCAAAAUAGGGGCAUUAGAAAACCACACCUGUUUCACAGUAGCUUAAUACAGACAAGUAGGGUUAAUAAAAGGCAAGUGUAUCUGCCUUGAGUACUGUAAACCAUACACAGGAUUGUAGCGGUUGUCCAAUGGAUGCAUAAAUGUAGUGCGUGUAAAAUGCAUAUGUAUAGCUGUAAUGUCAGGGGUCGGCGACAGCUUCUCACGCUGUCACUUUUUAUUUGGUCUUUUACACACCCUGCUAUUAGAGACUCACAUCUUGUUUCUGAACACUUUAGCAGAUGUGAGAAAGGAUCAACUUAAUGGAUUAGGUUUGAAAUCUGCUUUCACUCACUGCUGUUGAAAAGAAACUGUGGCAGAGCUUACUACUGAUGCAGUUGUAUGGACUCUCUGAUAUAAAAAAAAAUAAUAUGCUGAUGAAAUCUUGUAUGUCUAUUGACCAUCCUUCCAAUAUUCCAAAGGAUUCUUAAAAACAUUUUUUUUAUUUUUUUCACAAAUGUGUUGCAAUAUAUAACUGAAAGCCAUUACAUUUUAUUUAGAUCAGCUGUCUGCAACCUAUAUAAGGCCCGCAAAUUCACAUGAAAAAAUAAGCACAAGCCUAAUGCAGAACCUGCCUACCUGCAUGACCGGUACCUACCGUAUAUACUCGAGUAUAAGUCGACCCGAAUAUAAGUCGAGACCCCUACUUUUACCCCAAAAAACUGGGAAAUCUUAUUGAUUUGAGUAUAAGACUAGGGUGGGAAAUGCAGCAGCUACUGGUAAAUUUCUAAAUAAAAUUAUAUCCCAAAAAAUAUCCCCCAAAAAUUGUAUUAAUUGAAUAUUUAUUUUCACUGUGUGUGUAUGAGUGCAGUGUGUGUGAUGCAGAGUGUGUUUGUGUAUGUGAUGCAGAGCCUUGGUGGGGGGUGGGCAUUUUUAUUAUUAUUAUUUUUUUAAUUAUUAUUUUAAUAUUUUUUUUUAUAUUAUACAUUUAUUUUAUUAUUUUUUUUAUAUUUUAUUCUUAUUUUAUUAUUUAAUUUUUAAUUUAUUUAUUUUUGUCCCCCCUCCCUGCUUGUUAGCUGGCCAGGGAGGGGGGCUCUCAUUCCCUGGUAGUCCAGUGGAUGGGCUGUGUAGGAGUGGAGCUGACCGGACCGGAGGAAAGAGAAGGGAGCUGACAGGAGCUGCAGGAAAGGUAAGUUACAGCUCUCUGCCAGCCCCCAACAGGACCGCCGGGCUUGUAAUGAGCCCGGCGGUCCUGGUCUGUAUAAUGGCAAUGUAAGUUGCCAUAAUACAGACCUUGACUCGAGUAUAAGUCGAGUGGGGGUUUUUCAGCACAAAAAAUGUGCUGAAAAACUCGAAUUAUACUCGAGUAUAUACUGUACUCCUCUCAAAUAUACUUGCGGGAGGUAAAUGGGCGACAAGAGAGCUAUGCUCUUACUGUGCUCAUCCUGCACAGCUCCCUCUCACGCCCUGUAGUUUGCUGGCAGCCGGGUAAUGAUAUUGCGUCGACAUCACUAAAUAAUGUAGCCGGGAACUGUGCAGGAAAUGCACAAUGGACAUAGGGAGAGGAUUCACUCCAGCUCUAACAGGCACAGGUAGGGAGGCAGUGUGGAUCUCCUAAAAGUAAAACGUGUGAAAAUGUGUAAGUGUUUCGUAUAUAGCUCCCUAGUUUGGUAUCUUUUAAUACGGUAAUCCCACAUGAGGAUACCAUCUACAAAAAAAUCUGAAAGAUCAGAAUUAGGAAAACUCCUUUUUUAAUUUUGAUUGUUCAGUUGUUUAGUAGAUAGCGCUCUAAUUUGGCAUCCCUAAACACGGCAAUUAUUCACAAGUAAGCCAAGCUAUAGAGAGAUCUAGUGUUCACUUAAUUAUUAGCUAUGUAGGUGAAUGUGGCACUUCAUACAUUUACAGAUAUUGCAUUUGGCCCUCAUGUGCAAAUGGUCGCUGACCAUUGCUUUAGAUUAUAUUGUUCUGCGUUCACCAAUACCAAUAUCAAAGGUGCAGUAACCAUCACUGCAAAUUGCUUUGUUUUUAAGUAAAACGUGUAGCUUUUCUUAUCAAUGUUUCAACCUUUAGCAAGUCCGGUAUUAAACUAGAAUAAAAGUUCCUUGUCUAGUGUUUAAAACUGGAUUCAGUUAAGGGCUCUUAAUAGAUGGGUGGCCUUGAAAGACAUACAUUUCUACGAGUUAGAUACAUGUUUUAUCUAAUAAUGUCCUGUUUUAUUUGGUGCCUGCAGUUCCAGACCAAAUAAAGAUAAUGCAAAUCUUGCUGGAGGUUAUCCCGGACCAGUUUCAGCAAAGACUGUUAGAACUGGAGGAGUCUGGCUCCAAAGUUUUGCUUGCCUUCAUAGCCAUGUUCUUAAAGAGGCUCUGUCACUGUAUGUGGUUGUGGAUAUUUUGCAAAUAACCUCAAUGGUGACAUUGCCAUUUGCAGUGCGGUGGCCUGGCGGGGCAGGAGCAGGUAAGUUUAAUUUACUUGAGCUGUCCUUUAGGGCCACCUCUGUCUUCAAAUUGUGGAUCCUCUUCAGCUCCUGGCUCAUCAUCUGUCAGUAGUCCACGUCAAUGUUGUACCCUCAGGCUGUGUUCGACUUUAAAUAUACUCUUCUCUUAAUGUGGAGAAGUAAUCAACAGCCCAAGUCGAUUGAUAAAUAAAUUGAUUCCUUCAUUUGUUUAUGUUGGAGCCUGCUUGUCAAGAAUCCCAUUCCAUUCUCAAGGCUGUUAAAAUGAAGUUUUUUUUUUUUUUUACUUACCUAUCAACCUCCAUUCAUCAUCAAGACCUUCCACUAAAUGUUAGAAUAAUGCUGCAUGGAUUUGCUUCCAUUCAACUAUAAACAUUAGUAAUGUCAGGUUUUGAAAUGGCAACAAGGCCAGGUACAGUGUUCCAGUUCUGAGCGGGCUGGGUUUGGAUCACAUUCCUCUAUACCAUUUCCCUGCAAUUUCAGUAUGGGCAUCAGUCCAGCGAGAAACCUUGUCAUACCAUAACAUGAAAGGGCCGUCUCUAAUCUAUUAGCAUGAAGUUGGAAUCUUUUCACUGUGUGAUGUAUCAUUGAUGCCUCUCUGUGAAAACCGCAAAGACCUUUAUUACGCAUAUACCAUCUGUUGAUCAUCCAUAUAGUGAUUCAUCACCCAGGAGAACAUUUUCUGCUGGUCCAGGUUUUAAAAGACCACUAUAGUGCCAGGAAAACAUACUUGUUUUCCUGGCACUAUAGUGCCCUGAGGGUGCCCCCACCCUCAGGGUCCCCCUCCCGCCUGGCUCUGGAAGGGGGAAAGGGUUAAAAACUUACCUUUUUCCAGCGCUGGGCGGAGAGCUCUCCUCCUCCGUUCCUCCUUCUGGGCUGAAUGCGCACGCGCGGCAAGAGCUGCGCGCGCGCAUUGAGCCCGUCGCAUAGGAAAGCAUUUACAAUGCUUUCCUAUGGACGCUUGCGUGCUCUCACUGUAAAAAUCACAGUGAGAAGCACGCAAGCGCCUCUAGUGGCUGUCAAUGAGACAGCCGCUAGAGGGAAUGGGGGAAGGCUUAACCCAUUCAUAAACAUAGCAGUUUCUCUGAAACUGCUAUGUUUAUAAAAAAAAAAAUGGGUUAACCCUAGAAGGACCUGGCACCCAGACCACUUCAUUAAGCUGAAGUGGUCUGGGUGCCAAGAGUGGUCCUUUAAGCUUCAUAAGGCUUUAUUGUCUUUGAAAUCAGUUUCUUGAAUAUGCCAACAAAUCAUUUUUGUGCUAAUAUUGCUUCCAGAAGUAGCAAAGAAUUCUGUGAGCUUGUAUGCCAAGCCACUUGGUGGUUGAGUGGUUGUUUGGUCCUAGAAGUUUACCUCUUAGUUGGAUUCUUAAGUUUUCAGGACGUCAUAAAGCCAUUUUGGUGUAGAGAUUAUUCCCUGGUAAUCAUACUGCUAAUUUGUUUUGCUUUUAUGAGUUCAAUUACUGUUAUUGCAAUGCUGUCAACACCUGCCCUGGCUAUGACUCAUGCAGUAUCCAUUAAUGUUUAAUUUUCACCACACAUGGUGUUUACUUUAGAAAAGUUUUUAUCUCCUGCUUUAUUAAUUGAACUUUAAUCACACACAGGAGCUGCAUAAACAAAGUGAUUUAGCCUUUAAAUGGCAGAGAAGUAAGCAAUAAGAAGGCAGAGACAUGAUCUAUAAACCAAAUUCUGCUUCAUUAAGCUAAAGUUCUUUUGGUACUUAGAGUGACUUGUUCUAUCAUUACCAAUUGAGAGAAAAAAAAGUUUCUGUUUCUCUGUUAUAGAGGAAUGGUGUACUUUUCAGAAUGUUGAACACACUUUGCAAUAAUCUGAAUGUCCUUAGUGCUGUUUGUGACGAACUAGACCUUGGAUCGGCAUACUUACCAGCCUCUUACCCUGUGACUAUGGCCCCUGUGUUAAAUCGUAUUUGAAAACGCUAUUUGUGCCUGUUGGGACUUGUAACAGGAACAAUUCAAACUUUUGAAGCGGCACUUCGAACUUCCGGAGCCAUUUGAAAUGGCAUUUGAACUCGUGGUGGCGGCCAUCUUGUUCACAUGGACCAAAACCGUGAAUAGACUUCAGGGGAACUUAGCCACGAAUGCCCUGAAACUAUUUUCGGUAUGAAAACUUUGCAGUUCCCCAGCGGCAUUUAGCUGCGAUUCUAUGGAACUAUUUUCAGCUAUGGGACCAUGCCUGCAGUCGGUAAAACCAAUGACGUCCAUAAGAUUUCAGAACCCUUGAACUGAUCUGGGUGAUUUUUGGAUAUGUUGGUCACCCAGAUCAGGGCUAUCAGGGGAUGUAACGUUUAUGGGGAUUUUGUGUUUUUAAGGUAUUUUGGGGUUUUUGUAAAAUUGUGUGUUUUUUGUGUUUUGAGAUAAUUGAGUUUAGUAUAGUGCUUGACUCAAUUAUCUCCUAAGUAAAGGGGAAGGCUUAUUGUAUGUGGGAGUGUCAUGCAUUGUAACUCGGUUAUUAUUGGUUUGUAAGUUUGUGUCCCUCGCCCCAACAAGGUCCAUGUGGGCGUACCCCUUGCAUGGGGACUGUCAUAAAAGACCAGUGUGGCACCAUUAAAAUUGAGUCCUGCUUUACGCUCAACAUAGAGCCUCGCCUCGUGCUUGUAGGGACCUGCUAUACAUGCUAUAUCACUAGCUCUUAUAAGAGCUUCACAGCUGUUCUCUUGAAGGAGAGUCCUUCCCACUGGGAGCUGGAUCCAGGAGUUUGGUCCAGGGUGGGAAGGAAUGGCGAGACCCCCAGCCAAACUACGGCGGCCAGGGGGCUACAGUGUUGAUGGUGUCUGGUGGAGUGCUUGGAGUCCUUGGUGAGCACUAGGAGCAACGAUUGACAGAGGUACCCGGUGAAGGUGGCAGGCGGUCCGUCACACUGUUAAUUAAAGCAGUCCUGAAAUUUUGUAGCGGAAUAUUGCACUGUACAUAUAGCAACACUCGCCCAAUAACAUUUUGCCUUUAGGUGGUUAAACUGUUACCAAGGCCAACUUUUUUUGCACACCAGAAUAACAUUUUUCUAAUUUAUCAGUUUUGGCAUAACGUUUGAAAUUAACUUUGAAUUCAAUUUAGUAAAUAAUUGUGAUAACUAAUACUUUUGUAAAAAAAAAAAAAAACAUUCUUAGAAUACAUAUUACUCUCCAAAUUUUUACGGAUUCAUCUUCUAUCUUUUUAAUAUACCAAAGGCAACUAGCUAACAGCUAUUGCUGGAUUUGUCUUAAACAAAUAGAUUGCAUCUUAUUACACAAUAGUUCAUCUCUUGACUUUACUGGGGAGGGGCAAGUCAAUAUGCAACCAUUAAUGAUUGCUUUGUAACGCUCAACAGAACAGGGCCAUUUAGUCACAAAAACUAAAGGGUUCAGAAAAUAUUAAAAUUGGCAAAAAAGCUGCUUGCCUUAUGCCUACUUUAUUCACUACGUGGUCCAAGGCAUGCAUAGGCAAAUUUUAGCAAUCCCAAUGUUGUAGACUACAUCUUCCCUGAUGCUUUGCCAGCCUUUUAGCAAUAAAGGCACAUUAUGAUAGUUGCUGUACAUGCAUUUUGGAGUGCUGAAGGUUGACUACCCCUCACCUAAGGAGUGUAGACAGACAUUUUGAUUUAGUUAUUUAAUUUUACAAUGAUCAAUUUGACAGGUGCAUGUGUAAUCUCCAUAGAUCAGCAUUGGUCUAAUAAAUAAGACCUUUAUUAAAUCCCUGACUUGACAGAACAGCGCUUCUGACUUUAAAGGAACACUAUAAUCACCUAAACAACUUUACUUCAAUGAAGCAGUUUUAGUAUAGAUCAGGAGUAGUCAACCUUUUAAUACCUACCGCCCACUUUUGUAUCUUUGUUAAUGGUAAAAUUUCCUUACCGCCCACCAGUGCAGCAGUAACUCAUUUUUAGAAAGGAAGGUUUUUAAAAAAAUUAAAAAUAUAUAUAUAUAUAUAUAUAUAUAUAUAUAUAUAUAUAUAUAUAUAUAUAUAUAUAUAUAUAUAUAUAUAUAUAUAUUUAUUUAAAUGUAUUUAGGCUGGAAGAAAGGAGAUUUCAUCUAAGGCAAAGAAAGGUUUUUUUUUUUUGGUUUUUUUUUACAGUAAGAGCAAUAAGGAUAUGGAAUUCUCUGCCUGAAGAGGUGGUUUUGUCAGUCUAUACAGAUGUUUAAACUGCAAUUGGAUAAAUAAUUGCAAAAACAUAACAUACAGGGAUAUACUUUCUAAUUAGUGAGGUAAUAGCUGCUUGAUCCAAGGAGACAUCUGACUGCUAUUUUGGGGUCAAGAAGGAAUUUUUUUUCCUAGUUUGUUGCAAAAUUGCGCUUCAGACUAGGUUUUUUGCCUUCUUUGAUCUAGCAAAAACAUAUGUGAGGAAGGCUGAACUUAAUGGACGCAAGUCUCUUUUCAGCUUAUUUUAUUUUUCCUUUUUUUUUUUUUCUAUGUGUGUCUGUGAGGUGCUGUGUGUGAAGGGUGUAGUAUGUGUGACAGGUGCUGUUUGUAUACAUGGUGCUGUGUGUGGGUGAGAGGUGUACUGUGUGGGUAUGGGGUGCUGUGUGUCUGUCUGAGGUGCAAUUUGUGAAAGGGGUGCGGUGUGUGUGAGAAGGGUGCGUGAAGGGUGGAUUUUGUGUGUUUGUGUGAGGGGUGCAGUGUGUGAGUGAGGAGGGUGGGUAGACAUAAUGUUGCAAAUCCUGGUGGUCCAGUGGUGGCAUGUUCACUUUAGCCUGCAGCUACUCUGGCUGCAGGCUGACUUUCUUGUCCUCCUGCGAGCACAGCACUGUAUUAGAGCAUUGACAUGGUAACGCGCAACAGCAAUUCAACCAGUCUAAUUGUGGGAGGAACACAGAGCCUCCCAUGCCCUUCCCUCUCUCUGCUGGAACCAAGUGCGAGCGGGCCUAUGAGGGAGAUCUUUGAUUUCCUCACCAGCCUGAGAGGGUUUACAGCAAGGAUGGCUCUGCAUGGGCCGGCAGGGGAGAUUAAAGGAUCUUGCCUGUCAUCCUUGGUCCACAUUUUCUGCAGAACCCACCACCGCCCACCUGAAAUCCCAAACCGCCUCUUUACAUGAGGUGUUUAGGAAGGCUGUGUAAUUUACAUGGAGGAAGGUGUGACUAGGGUUCUUAAAGGGAUUUAACUCCUAAAUGGCAGAAAAUUGAGCAGUAAGACUGCAGGGGCAUGACCUAUACACCAAAACUGUUUCAUUAAGCUAAAGUUGUUUUGGUGACUAUAGUGUCCCAUUAAAGGCAGCUAUUGCCAUAUGAAAGCAUGUUUUUUUUUUUUUUGCUUCUCCUCACUUGUGUUCUCACCCCAUGUUGUAACAUAGUAAUAACUUGUUCAUGCAGUCUUUUUUAUUUUUUUUGUUUGUUUGUUUCUUAAGAAAAAUGAGAUCACCCUCAGGCAAAUUUUUUUUUAAUUAAGAUUAUUCAUGUAGAGGCUUGAGUUACUUUAACCCCUUAAGGACACAUGACAUGUGUGACAUGUUAUGAUUCCCUUUUAUUCUAGAAGCUUGGUCCUUAAGGGGUUAACCCCUUAAGGACCGAGGACGGUUCAGGACCGUCAUCUGCAUUUUUGGCUUGCCGACCGAUGACGGUCCUGAACCGUCCAAACGGUCAGAGCUACUUACCUGAUCGCCGUCGUUCCCCCGGCGGCGAUCAGCGUGGCUCCGGUUGUGGGGAGACUGCCUGCAGCCCAGACAGUCUCCCCACGGCAGAUUAGGACCCCUGUUGCCAUGUGAUCGCUUAACAGAGCGAUCACAUGGUCACAAUAGGUGUCCAUGUGUCUGCCUGCAGGGGGACUGCCUGUGCUGACAGGCAGUCUCCCUGCUAGUGUAAAAUCAAUUAAAAAAAUAAAGUUAGUGUUAAUAAAAAAUAAAAAAAUAAUUAUAUAUGUGUAUAUAUGAUAUAUAGACAUAUAUUAUAUCUGUAUAAUAUAUGUCUAUAUAUCAUAUAUAUAAUGCCAUACUAAGUGUAUUUUUAUAUUAAUAUGUACUUAUAUUAAUAUAAAAAUACACUUAUAAUUAAAUUACACACGUAUAUAUAUAAUAUAUAUAAUAACUAUAUAUAUUAUAUAUAUAUAUUAUUAUAAAAUAUAAAUAAUAAGUAAUUUAAAUUAAAUAAUUUUUUUUUUAAAUAAUAAUAAAAAAUUAAAAAAAAAUUAUAUAGCUAUAUGAAAUUUUAUUCUAACUGUAUUUUAAAAUUAAUAUAUAUAUAUUUAUAUCAAAAUACACUUAAAAUGAAUUUGUAUAUAUAUCUAUGUAUAUAAAAAUAAAUAAAAAUAAUAAGAAAUAUACAUACGCCCAUAUACAAAAUUACAUAAAUAAUUAUAUAAAUAUACACGUAGACUUCAAAUAUAUAAAUAUGCAUAUAUAUUUAAAUUCUACGUGCGUAUUUAUGUAAUAUUUUUACAUAAUUCAGUACUUUUAUUGAUUGCAAUUUGAGGGACCUGCCUGCCAACCCAGGCCGAAAUUCCAGAGAAUUUAAUUUGCUAGCACUGUAUUUUACCCUGUAACGUUCUAUGACACCCUAAAACCUGUACAUUGGGGGUACUGUUUUACUCGGGAGACUUCGCUGAACACAAAUAUUAGUGAUUCAAAACAGUAAAACAUAUCACAGUGAUGAUAUUGUCAGUGAAAGUUACUUUUUUUGCAUUUUUCACACACAAACAGCACUUUUACUGAUGAUAUAAUUGUUGCGAUACGUUUUCCAGUUUUAAACACUAAUAUUUGUGUUCAGCGAUGUCUCCCGAGUAAAACAGUACCCCCCAUGUACAGGUUUUAUAGCAUUUUUGAAAGUUACAAGGUCAAAUAUAUGGGUCAAAUAUUUUACAUUGAAAAUGGCCAGGUUGGUCACGUUGCCUUUGAGAGCGUAUGGUAGCCCAGGAAUGAGAAUUACCCCCAUGAUGGCAUACCAUUUGCAAAAGAAGACAACCCAAGGUAUUGCAAAUGGGGUAUGUCCAGUCUUUUUUAGUAACCACUUGGUCACAAACACUGGCCAAAAUUAGCGCUCAAUUUAGUUUUUUUACUUUUUUCACACACAAACAAAUAUGAAUGCUUACUUUGGCCAGUGUUUUCGACUAAGUGGCUACUAAAAAAGACUGGACAUACCCCAUAUUGAAUACCCUGGGUUGUCUACUUUAAAAAAAAUAUGUACAUGUGGGUGUUAUUCAGAGAUUUAUGACAGAUAAUAGUGUUACAAUGUCACUAUUGAUAAAUUUUAAAAUGUAUGUUUUGAAACCGCAAUAUCCUACUUGUACCUAUAGCCCUAUAACAUGCAAAAAAAAGCAAAAAAGCACGUAAACACUAGGUAUUUUUAAACUCAGGACAAAAUUUUGAAUCUAUUUAGCAGUUUUUUUCAUUCGCUUUUGUAGAUGAGUAAAAGAUUUUUCAAGUAAAAGUCAAAAACAUGUAUUUUUUUUCAAUUUUUCAUCAUAUUUUUUUAUUUUUUUUAAAUUAAAAUACAUGAGAUUAUAUAAAUAAUGGUAUGUAAAGAAAGCCCCCUUUGUCCUGAAAAAAACAAUAUAUAAUUUGUAUGGGAACAGUAAAUGAGAAAGCGGAAAAUUACAGCCAAACACAAACACCACAAAAGUGUAAAAAUAUGCCUGGUCGCAAAUGUACAACAUCGCAAAAACAGUCCGGACCUUAAUGGGUUAAACCACUUGAUUGUUAAAUAUCCGUUUUAAUAUGUUUUGCUUUUAAUUCCUCUUAUCUUAAUAUAAAGGUAAGACAAGAGUUGAUUAGGUUGUUUGUCAAAGGAUUACAAAUGCAGCUAAACAAUAACAGUGCAAGAUUGUGGUUUGAUUUAGUAAUUUCUAUGGAUUUUUUUUUAAAGACGGUAUGUCAUAGUCUGGGGUCUUUGCAAAAUGUGCAAAAACCCUGAUCAGUGACAUCGCCUCCGGGCGUCUGGAGGGAGGGUCACAGGCAAAGAUGAGGUUUACUAACAUGAACCUGUCCCUUCAGCCGCCGUCAUUGCUGUACUCUCGUGUAUACGUGAGAAUACAGCUUUGAGUUAUGUGGAGGAUCCAGCAAGACCACGGGAUCCUACACAGAAAGAGCUUUAUUUCCCUGCAGCCGGGAAAAUUAUAAGCUUGACGGCGGCAGCUCCACUCGGUGUCAAAUUGCAACACAGUCAAUAUGAGUAUAAGAUCAUGUAAAAUAUAAAUUUUGUAGAGGCGGUGACAGUGUUGCUUUAAAUGUUUGUUUUUUUUUAGGUCAGUUUUAAUUUUUAAAUGCACAAUCUGUAUCAUGAUGUAUAGAAGGGACAGAGACUGUGGAAAAACAAAAUUGUGUGAUGAAAAAUAAGUGGUAGUAAGUGGACAGUGCACCUGUCUUGCUAUGGUUGGCCACACUAGGCUCUGCCUCUGUGGCUGAGAUCAUCAAUCUUGAUGUUCUCAGCUGAUCCAAUGCUUUGCUAUUGGGAUGCUAUUGUCUAUACGUGGCAAAUAGCCAGCAUCUCCUAAUAGAGAUGCAUUGAAUCAACGUAUCUCUAUGUGGAACGGUCAGCGCCUCCAUGCAGAGUGCUGCACAGUACUUACACAGGAACAGGCUAUAGACGUCUGUUGUCCUAAUCUGUAGUGGUUCUGGUGAUUAUAGUAUCCAUUCUAAGGAUCACUUCAUAUUGCUAAAGAUAUUAUGGUGCUAACACAGUGUCCUUGCAGCCUUUUGUUUUAAAAAUUUUCAUUCCAGAGAAACAUAUAUUUUGUUUAUUUUUAUCCUUUUUGGGCGUGUAUACAGGGAGUGCAGAAUUAUUAGGCAAAUGAGUAUUUUGACCACAUCAUCCUCUUUAUGCAUGUUGUCUUACUUACUCCAAGCUGUAUAGGCUCGAAAGCCUACUACCAAUUAAGCAUAUUAGGUGAUGUGCAUCUCUGUAAUGAGAAGGGGUGUGGUCUAAUGACAUCAACACCCUAUAUCAGGUGUGCAUAAUUAUUAGGCAACUUCCUUUCCUUUGGCAAAAUGGGUCAAAAGAAGGACUUGACAGGCUCAGAAAAGUCAAAAAUAGUGAGAUAUCUUGCAGAGGGAUGCAGCACUCUUAAAAUUGCAAAGCUUCUGAAGCGUGAUCAUCGAACAAUCAAGCGUUUCAUUCAAAAUAGUCAACAGGGUCGCAAGAAGCGUGUGGAAAAACCAAGGCGCAAAAUAACUGCCUAUGAACUGAGAAAAGUCAAGCGUGCAGCUGCCACGAUGCCACUUGCCACCAGUUUGGCCAUAUUUCAGAGCUGCAACAUCACUGGAGUGCCCAAAAGCACAAGGUGUGCAAUACUCAGAGACAUGGCCAAGGUAAGAAAGGCUGAAAGACGACCACCACUGAACAAGACACACAAGCUGAAAUGUCAAGACUGGGCCAAGAAAUAUCUCAAGACUGAUUUUUCUAAGGUUUUAUGGACUGAUGAAAUGAGAGUGAGUCUUGAUGGGCCAGAUGGAUGGGCCCGUGGCUGGAUUGGUAAAGGGCAGAGAGCUCCAGUCCGACUCAGACGCCAGCAAGGUGGAGGUGGAGUACUGGUUUGGGCUGGUAUCAUCAAAGAUGAGCUUGUGGGGCCUUUUCGGGUUGAGGAUGGAGUCAAGCUCAACUCCCAGUCCUACUGCCAGUUCCUGGAAGACACCUUCUUCAAGCAGUGGUACAGGAAGAAGUCUGCAUCCUUCAAGAAAAACAUGAUUUUCAUGCAGGACAAUGCUCCAUCACACGCGUCCAAGUACUCCACAGCGUGGCUGGCAAGAAAGGGUAUAAAAGAAGAAAAUCUAAUGACAUGGCCUCCUUGUUCACCUGAUCUGAACCCCAUUGAGAACCUGUGGUCCAUCAUCAAAUGUGAGAUUUACAAGGAGGGAAAACAGUACACCUCUCUGAACAGUGUCUGGGAGGCUGUGGUUGCUGCUGCACGCAAUGUUGAUGGUGAACAGAUCAAAACACUGACAGAAUCCAUGGAUGGCAGGCUUUUGAGUGUCCUUGCAAAGAAAGGUGGCUAUAUUGGUCACUGAUUUGCUUUUGUUUUGUUUUUGAAUGUCAGAAAUGUAUAUUUGUGAAUGUUGAGAUGUUAUAUUGGUUUCACUGGUAAUAAUAAAUAAUUGAAAUGGGUAUAUAUUUGUUUUUUGUUUAGUUGCCUAAUAAUUAUGCACAGUAAUAGUCACCUGCACACACAGAUAUCCCCCUAACAUAGCUAUAACUAAAAACAAACUAAAAACUACUUCCAAAAAUAUUCAGCUUUGAUAUUAAUGAGUUUUUUGGGUUCAUUGAGAACAUGGUUGUUGUUCAAUAAUAAAAUUAAUCCUCAAAAAUACAACUUGCCUAAUAAUUCUGCACUCCCUGUAGAGUCAUUUAUGCGAGCUGUCAAUCAGCUAGCUGGAAAUAGUUUAGUCUAUCCGCACACAUAAUCCAGUCAAAUCCCGCGAACCCAAACGACUAUUUCACACAUUUAACUCUCUUCUUCGCCCUGCUGUUCCUCCUCCACCUACUAACUUGACCGCCUCAGACUUUGCAACUCACUUCACUACCAAGAUCUCUACAAUCAGAGAAUAGAUCUCUCAUCUUUCUUCUUCCCCUUACAAUUCUUCCCCUAACAUCACUCCCUCUGCUGUUCUAUGUUCAUUCGCACCCGCUACAUUGGAAGAGGUUUCUGCUCUGCUCCAGUCCUCCCGCCCCACCACCUGCUCCCUAGAUCCAAUUCCCUCGCAUCUCAUCCGUACUCUGUCGUCUUCUUCUCUUUCUCCACCUCUCACUAAAAUUCUCAAUCUCUCUCUCUCCUCUGGUAUAUUUCCAUUGCCCUUCAAACAUGCAACUGUAACCCCAAUUCUAAAGAAGCCCAAUCUUGACACUAACUCUCCAUCCAACUAUCGUCCUAUCUCGCUACUGCCUUUUGCAUCCAAGAUCCUUGAAAAAAUUGUGUAUGCGAGAUUGACAGACUUCCUAGAGUCCAACUCUCUGCUAGACCCGCUUCAGUCUGGUUUCCGCGCUAAGCACUCUGUGGAAACGGCACUGACCAAAGUAUCCAAUGAUCUACUCGCUGCAAAAUCUCGUGGUCACUACUCUCUCCUAAUUCUCCUUGACCUGUCUGUGGCUUUUGACACUGUUGAUCAUCAACAGCUUCUUCUCAUCCUCCGCAAUAUCGGUCUACAAGAUAUUGCUCUCUCCUGGUGCUCCUCCUACCUCUCCCAGCGCUCUUUCAGUGUUUCUUUAUCUGGCUCUGCUUCUUCUCCCCAACUCCUCUCUGUUGGUGUCCCCCAAGGUUCAGUCCUUGGUCCCCUACUGUUCUCCAUCUAUACUGCCUCCCUUGGUAAACUCAUUAGCUCCUUUGGCUUCCAAUAUCAUUUCUAUGCAGAUGACCCGCAAAUCUACCUGUCCUCUCUUGAUCUCUCCCCGUCCCUCUUGACUAGUGUCUCUGACUGCCUCUCUGCUGUUUCUAACAGGAUGGCUGCUCACUUCCUUAAACUAAACUUGACCAAAACUGAAAUUCUGGUCUUUCCUCCCUCAAGUGUUGUUUCUCCUGUGUCUGUCUCCCUCCAAGUCAACCGUGCUUCCAUCAGCUCCACCACACAGGCUCGCUGCCUAGGUGUUCUCUUUGACUCCGACCUCUCCUUCAAGCCUCAUGUUCAAUCUAUCGCCAAAUCCUGUCAUUUCCAUCUCAAAAACAUUACGCGCAUCCGCCCCUACUUAACGCCAGAUGCGACUAAGGUGUUGGUCCAUUCCACUGUCCUUUCUCGCCUUGACCACCGUAAUCCGCUUCUCAGUGGUCUUACGUGCUCCCAACUUGCGCCGUUACAGUCCAUAAUGAAUGCGGUGGCGAGGUUCGUCUUCCUGUCCGCCCGCACCUCCCAUGCUUCACCCUUCUGUCAAUCCCUACAUUGGCUUCCUAUAAAAUAUAGAGCUCAAUUUAAAAUUCUGGUUCUUGCUUUCAAAUCUCUACAUAAUGCUGCUCCCACCUAUCUAUCCUCCCUUAUACACAAGUAUGUCCGUCUAGGCCCUUACGAUCUGCUGAAGACUUACGUCUAUCUUCUGUCCGCACUCCCACCUCUGAUGCUCGCCUUCAAGAUUUCUCGAGGGCUGCACCGUUCCUGUGGAACUCGCUUCCCUCCUCCGUUAGAUGCUCACUCAGUCUCCACUCCUUCAAAAAAAUCGUUAAAAACCCACUUCUUCAUAAAAGCGUAUCAAUUAAACUGUUAAUAGCUCCUGACUAAUUCCUCUUCUGCAACUGUCACUAGUCUAAUACUAUCCUUACCGUUUUGUGUCAUUUUACCCCACUCCCUCUAGCAUGUAAGAUCAUUGAGCAGGGCCCUCAACCCCUCUGUUCCUGUGUGUCCAACUUGUCUGGUUACAACUACAUGUCUGUUCGUCCACCCAUUGUAAAGCGUUGCGGAAUUUGACGGCGCACUAUAAAUAUCAUAAUAAUAAUAACCUUAGACAGGCUGCCCAUGGCGGGAUGAAUUACACACAGUUUCAAAGCUUCUGCUGCCAGGCUCUCAAUUUAACUCUCUAAUUUCUAGGUAAAGUAAAAAUAAGACAUACAUUGGUUCUGUUAGAAAUGUAUUCCGUCAAAACAAGUGCCGCACUACAACUCCUAUACAUCUGAUGUAAUUUUAUAGUGAGGCCACUGCUUUCUCAACAACUUAUAUAUUAUAACUCAACUCAACCUCAUCCAGGGGUUGGAUGAGUCUUAUCAGAAAUGUAGCCCACAAUAGGUUUUAUAUAGCAAAUCGCCAUUGUAGCAGAGAAAUAAAAAUUAACAAUUUAAAUGGCAUAUGAACUUCUACAGCCCAAAAGUAUUUUUUUUUUUUUUUUUAUAUGUAUAUAUAAUUUAUUUAUUUUUUAAUAUGUAUAUACCUGUAUUUGGACUGGAGAUUUGUCCUUAAUGCUUCUCUUUGAGAAACAUUUGAUUGGAUAAUGCCAAACACUAGCAAUUACUGGUAAAGUGACUAUAUUAACAUUGCCUUGUAUUGUGUUUAUUGUUUUUAUUUUUUUUAUCAAUUUGACAAUUUUUAAUAGAAUAAAACAUUUCCUGCUGAUCUUGAGUAUUUUAAGUGCAGUGCAUUAUCAGAAAAGCCAAACUGCCAUUACCUGCCUCUUUCACGGUGUAAAGCUAGAAGCAUCUAUGCAAUCUAGUGAAUUUAACCGGCUGCUGACUGUAUGUUUGUUUUUUGCAGCCUUGUUUCUAUAUUUGUGCUUUCCUUGUUUGUCUGAAUGUGUUAUGGAAUUCAAAAAUAGCCAUUAUUCGGUAAAACAUUAAUUUCAACAAGUUUUCUUGCCCAGGUGCUUCUAUAUAUAAAAAAUUAGGAUGUGAUGUUUUACAUACAGUAAAACUUGCUUUGGGGUGUUUAUAGAUAUCCCUUUUUUCCUUCUAAUAGGUGUGUUCUUCUUCCUCUUUUGGCUAUGAAGUCACCUUCCCAAAGUCUCUUCUUGGUUGUUGAUUCAGUGGAUGAAGGCUGCAAUGUUGCUGAAGGGGAACACCGGCCCUCUGGCCUAUCGGGGACAAUAGCUGACCUUUUGGCAAGUCAUCAUGAGUUUUUUCCUCCAUGGCUACUCCUCAUCUGUUCAGCUCGCAAACAAAGUCGAACGGUCACUAAAAUGUUUACAGGUACGUAAAGAGUUAGAAGUCUUGCUUUCUGCUGUAGAAAAUGAUGUGUCCAUUUAUCACAUCUGUGUACACAGUAGUGUUACCACCAGGAGCCAACUUACCACUGAUACAGCAUUCUUUUGAGGCGUUUUGAGUUUUUGACGAAAAUAGUAAGGAAUGAAGUUAAAGGGAUAGGGAAGUUGAGUAAAAAUGCAUGAACGGAAAUCAAGUGAAAUAAUCUCCAGUAAAGUACUCCUAAUAGGAAUACAUUUCUGCUAAAUGCAAUAAAAAAAAAAUAAUAAUAUUGAAAUACUGCUUGAAAAGGCAGAAGAACCCCAGUAGUUUAGAUGUAAUGAUAAAGUCUUUUAAGAGUUCCCUCUCUACAUACCUCAAAACAGAAUGCACCUGUCAUGGUUGAUUAUAUAUUUCCUACCUGUUCUAUGUUAAAUCUUAUAUUUAUUGUGUAUUAAUAUUGUUUUUGUAUUUUAUUGUACCAUAAUUGUAACAAUGCAAUGAUUUGUGGACCCAGGACAUACUUGAAAAUGAGAGAAAUCUCAAUGUAUCUUUCCUGGUAAAAUAUUUUAUAAAUAAAUAAAUAAAUAAAUAAUUGAGUAAAAUAAUCCCAGACAAUAUCCAUGUAUUUAAAUUGAUUUCAGUUUUUAAAAAUGUAUUUAAAAAACUUGUCCAUUGUAUACAAUAUGACCGUUUGCAGUAACUAACACGCCUCUACUGAAUCAUGCUUUUUUUUUUUUUUUUUAAAGAAAGGAAAGGGGGGGGGGAAAACCUUCAAUGUGAAUUUUAGGAAUGUUGUAGUUUGUAUUCCAGGAACAUUAUUCAUUUAUGGAUAUUAUGCAAAGUGUGAAAUGGUCUGUUGGAAAUAAAGCAGAUAAUUUAUAGGUUCUGCAGAGCUAUGUCAAGUAUGUUCUUUAACAAAGCGUUACCAGAUUGCAAUGAAAGAUCCUUUUUGCUGUUUUGUAAAGAGCCUGGGGCUGUCUUUGCUGGUUACUCUCUUCAGUGGCCAAAGGUCACAAUGCUGAUUAUGUGAGAGAAUGAAAGUGUUAGGAUGAGUAGGAGAGUUUAUAUGUACACCAUUAACUUUAGAAAGAGAUAAAGAUAUUAAUGGUGGGAAAUAUUCAGUUGUUGUUUUGUGAAACUUCUGGAAAGAUUUACUUUGACUAUCUUACAUUUCAGAGGAAACAAUCAACUACUCUUAACUUCUGAUUGAUUUUCUGGGUUCCUAUUUACAGCUUGCAUACCAGACCCUUUAACCCCUUAGGGACAUGUGACAUGUCAUGAUUCCCUUUUAUUCCAGAAGUUUGGUCAUUAAGGGGUUAAAGUGGAUAAUAUUGAAGGAUUAAACCUUGUAAAAAUGUUCUGCUCGUAAGGAUGUCCCUUAGACCUCUUAAAAGACCAGAAGUGGAAUCCUGGUCUAAUUUCAGAACUCGUAUACGUUUGUGUUUUCCCAGAACAGGCUUUCGAGUUCCCAUGUCUGAUUCAAGAGUUCCUUAAGUUUCUCUACUGAUAAAUUCUGGAUCUUAAAAAGGAUCAAACCUCACAUUAGUUCAAUUUUAGUCAUGUGGAUGGAUGUUCCAUUGCUAGGGUUACCAUUUUGUAAUUGGAAAAUCUGGAUGUUUCCAGACAGACUAAACUUGAAACCGAAGCCCCACAUCAUUGGACACGGACUUGUUAUAUGUAUACUGAAACUAUUCUUAAGUCAGUAGUGGUUAGACAUAUUUUUUUAGAUUAGUAUAGCAAUAGUAGCUUUCAGUGUUAAUAUGUUCAGAUUCUUUGGUGCAUAUGAUGUACAAUUUUUAUAAUACUAUUAAUUUACGUAUUUAAAGCAGAUCUGCAAGUAUAUUUACAUUUUGUGUUUUUAAUAUAUUUAGGAUAAACAAACAACCGGUAACAUAAGGAGUCAAUUUGAGUCAUAUUGCAGAAAAAACAACCACUUUGCUUUUCCAUAUGUACUGUGUCACAUGUGGCAUUUUGUUUUGCUUUAGUAACCUUGGAUCCUGUUUGGGCACAGCUGUCCUAAUGCUUGGCAGCUAUGUUUGUGGUACUGUGGGAUUGGCUGCCAGUCUGGAAUUUUUUUUACAACAGAUUAUUGUUGCUUUUUUUUUUUUCUCUCUUUUUUUAACACCAUCAUCUUUAUAUCAUUAAUAGGUGCUCAUUACGUUUAAGUGCACCUGUCACUUCUAUUAGGGUUAUUCAUAAAAGUCAGAAUUCAAAUUGAAUUUCAAAUUUAAGGUCACAAUAGCAGAACUGGAAAAAAUCCAAAAUGCCAGCUAUGCUUUCAGUUUGGCUACUCUGGCCUGAAAUUUGAAAUUCACUUUGGAUGCUCUCUUCAGUGAAUAACCGUGUAUGUGUUGAAUGUAUUGGGCAGAGUAAUCUGUGACAUGCUUUUAAACAGGCAUACAUAACCGUGUGAAACAUUUACUGUAGCUCAGAUAUGAUUUAUUUGAGAUGCAGGAGAGUGCAAGAUUACAGUAAACAAAUUCGUAGUCCAUAAACAUGGGCAGCAUUUAUUAUACUCUUAAAACGACAUCUUUAGGUACCCAGACCACUUUAUUUCAUGAACUGAUCAUGUUGUUUAGGCGGUUCUUUCACCACUUUUUGCACUUUUGCGUGUGGGGCUAGUUCCAGCCCCAGCACACAUGACUUAUGCAGCCCUGAACUUUGUUCCUGGCUGCCUAAUGUCAAUUCUGUAUAAAAAUCCCCUUACCAGCUCAGAGCCUGCCCGUGCUUUCUGGGCCGGUGAAAUGGUUCAAUCAAAUGAGCUGGCUAUCCUGUAAGUUAUUUUUUUAUUUUUUGCAGGUUACAAACGGGGAACCUUUUUACAAUGCCCAACAAGGAAUUUAAAAAAAAAAAAGGGAAUAAUUAUAAAGGGUUAGAGCAACAAUUUAGAGUGCAGUAUAUUAUUCUCUAACCCUUUUAUCAACCUCUUUAUAAUGCAGAUGAGAUUAAAUAGGGGUGUGUGUGUGUGUGUGUGUGUGUGUGUGUGUAUAUACACACACACACACACCCCUAUUUGUGUGUGUGUGUGUGUAUGUAUAUAUAUAUAUAUGUAUGUAUAUAUAUAUAUAUGUAUGUGUAUAUAUAUACACACACCCCUAUUUAAUCUCAUCUGCAUUAUAAAGAGGUUGAUAAAAGGGUUAGAGAAUAAUAUACUGCACUCUAAAUUGUUGCUCUAACCCUUUAUAAUUAUUCCCUUUUUUUAAAAUAUAUAUAUAUAUAUAUAUAUAUAUAUAUAUAUAUAAAAAUAAAUAUACACACACCAAAAAAAAAGGUUUGGCCACUAUGCAGUACAGGAAUAUUCUCUGGCAGCCCUGGAUCAUGCAUGUCCAAUUUUGCUCAAAAUUAGUGGUAGUAACACUACCGGGUAUAACACUGUAUGUGUGAAUGUAUAGCAAGCUAUUGCCUGGAAGUUUAAUUCAUAUAAGGUUUGGUCAAACUAGACACGUAUAUCUUUGUGUUGUACUGUACUGCAAUUAAAGUAGCCCUAACACUUACACUAACCUAUACAUUAUAUUGUACAAUUUUAAGAGUUAUUUAUUUUUUAUUCCUGGAGCAUUUGGAGGUAUUCAUAAACCAUUCGACCUUUGAUCUAGUUGGUAUCCCGAACGCUGCAGUGGCAUUAUUUACCCAUAAUACAUGAUUCACAAUUUAGUAAAUUCUCACUCUUCCUUCCUGAUAGUCUAUUAUAUACUAAAUUCAAAGGGAAUUCCUUGCAGAUUAUGUAAUGAUGCCUGUUAGAUGAUAUAGGAUUUGGGUGGAGCUUAUGUUAUACAUAUUUCUAUUUUUACAUUUUAAACACUCCAACAACAUUAUCAAAGACUCAUGCCUACUUCUAACUUGCUAAAAUAGUUCUCCGGUUACUUGCUAGAAAAAGAAUGUUUGGUAUGUUCAGAUGAUCGUGAUCUGUACAAAUCCAACCAUGACUCAAUAUAAAUGAUCAUAGUGAGAGAGAACUGCUUCAAACAAGCUUUCAGUAAUUUAACAUACAAUGUUCAUUUUAAAGCUAUAGCAAAUCUGUAAAGAGCAAUUCUUUGCAUCAUAUCCUAUAUGUUAAAAUCUCUUGCAAGAUGUCUGCAGUACUGUCAGAAGAAAAAUCUGAGAUUUCGUGAAUUCAUUCUGAAUGUCAAAUCUGUGACAAUAGCCGAUUUGGAGAAUUUUUCCAGAUCAUCUAUAUUCACGUUUGCUUUCCUAUUUGAAAUUAAUUUUUGAAAUCUGGAUUUUAGUGAAUUACCCGUAGUAGUUCGAAAAUAGAUUGUACUUUUUUUUUUAUAACCUUUUAUAACAUGUACAGAGAUUUACUAUUUUAAUAUAAUCUGUACAUGUGUCUGUUAAUAUUAAGAUUUAUAAAUAAACAUUGAGAAAUGCAGCGUAUCAUAUUUUAUAUCAUAAAAGUCAAAUUUGUCCCCAUUAUUUUAGUUAGUUUUUAUUAAUUCACAAUAUUCAUUUUGUGUUCUAUUUUUUUUUUUUUUAUUGCAAAGGAUCCCUUCUUUAUUUAUAUGCUGAAGUCUUUGACAUCUCCUGACAGUUCUAUGUUAGGAUCCUGCCACACUGGCUAUUGACUUCCGCUUUUAGUAAAGUGGAAGAUUCAUGUGUUUGAGUUAGACAACUACUGCAGCGUUAUUUAGAGAGGGACUGUCAGUUUUCUUUUUGAUGCAUUGUGGUGUAUUCAUACAAACUCCAAAGGUAUUGAUAUAUGUGAUAAUUUUUAAAGUCAGUUUGCUGUUGCAAACUGAACUUGGUGAUAGUCCAGUUUAAUAAUCACUGCUAUUUCUUUUCUUCUUGGGGUUUCCCUGUUUCUGAAAGUUUCCCAAAGUGAGUUAAUUGGCUACGCCUCUUAUUAGUUUGUUUUAUGCAAAUGGCUGGCAGGUGAAUAGAUCAAUGAUUUACUUAAAUUCACUGUUUUUAACAAACAUUUGGAACUCAUGUGGAAGCCCUAUAUCCUGCUCCUAGUUAUUCCUCUGAUGCCCUGAUUCUUAGGGGGACCAGUGGAAAUCUUACAAAAGUACAGGCAAGCAUUUUUCCUUCAAUGCAUAUGCAUGUGAAUUAGAAAAGCAAAAGGGUCUUUUUGAGCUUUAAAUUUUGUGAAAGAGUUUAUUAUUGUAUGCUAAUUUGUGUGUGUAUAUAAGUAGUUUACUAGUAAUAAUAAAAGUUAUGUUUAUCUAUUCUCCCUAGCACUUGUCUCUUAUUAUGAUUCCUCUCUUGCUGUCAUUAGUCUAAUACUAUCCUUACCUUUUGUGUCACUUUAAGCCACUCCCUCUAGCAUGUAAGCUCAUUGAGCAGGGCCCUCAACCUCUCUGUUCCUUUGUGUCCAACUUGUCUGGUUACAACUAUAUGUCUGUUCGUCCACCAACUGUACAGCGCUGCAGAAUUUGUUGGCGCUAUAUAAAUAAUAACAUAAUAAUGUGUAUAUGCCUGUGUACCUGGUUGGCUGUGAUAUUGCGUGCACCUUCUCUGUGUGCCAUGCGUACACUGCCAAACUGCUAGUAAUGUCACUGGCACUAAUCUUAUGACGAGGGGAGAACCAUUGACAUGUCUAUUGUUGCAGCAAUGUACUUCCUUUACAAGUUGGGUAGGUUUGUGGUACUACUGUGCCACACAUCUACAAAGAACAAAUAUUACCUCUAGAAAUUAGUGUGAAUGUCUGCAGCAUAGCUACAUGUUAACCAGUCUGUUAUGCAACAAUUUCAUACAGGAUUUAAAAAAUUUUUUUAAGAACAAUAUCCAGGUUUACAUUUGGAGGUUUUGCUGGUGCAAAGUACAGAUCAGGUAUUAAUUUAUCUGAGUGUAUCUAUUGUCAAUGGUUUGGUUUGUUGUUGUUGUGUUUUUUUUUUAAUUAUUAUUAUUAUUAUGCUAAAUGAUGAGUCUAUAUAAGCUGCUUAUACUAGAAGUAUUUUGGAGAAUUUUGUUACUUUAACAAAAUAGUCAUAUUUGUCCUUGGUAUUGCCCCAGAUGUGGUUUGAGUAGUGCCUCUUUAUUCCUUCGCAGUGGUUUCCUUUGUUUGAGAUGAGCUUUCGUUUAUUCUUUAAUUGAAAGGAAAGAGGAAAGGGUUAGUUAAAUGGAAUGCUCCCAAUGAUUAAUGUCCUGCUUAUUCCAAGAAAGCUUAGACAAAGGGCUCUGUACUAAUAAGAAACAGCUGUUAACUUGGCAUUAGAUAACUCUUAAAGGUGCAAGGUCUCCAAAAAGACGUGUUAAGAGAAAGUAAGACUAAGUACAGUAACAACGCAAAUGUUAAAGACCUAAUUGUAGUCCCUGAUAAGAUAAUACCCAUGUAGUACAGGUGUUAGGCAUUCUUACUUUGAAUGUUUUUAUGUGUAUCCACUUAUUCAUUCUACGUUUCCUGAAGUUUUUAUUCGAUGAGUUGAAGAUUAAAACUUACGUUUUACGACGUGCCCAGGUAUUACAACUGAAUUUUAGAUUACCACGAACGUCUGGCUAUUAAUCACAAAGCAUUUUUCCUAGUUCCCUGGACCAACUCCUACUUAAUAGAGCUGUACCUGUGAAAUUGUUUGACUACAUUAUCUGUCUGCUUCAAACACAGGAUGGUUUUGUUUUUAUAAGUUGAGGGAACUGGCUGCAGAGUUUCCUGAUUAGUAUAUCCAUGUAGACAUGUGUCCUCAAAUAGACUUUUAUAGAACUUGUUUUCCGGCUGGGACAUGUCCCUGAACACAUCAGCCAUUUCUGGAAAAACUCAAAGCACAAUUGUGUGGGAUAUGGAAACAGUGGUUACAUGAAAAUGCCUGAAGGGAGCUAUUCUACUCACCAGAACAACUACAUUUAGCUGUAGUUGUUCUGGUGACUAUAGUGUCCCUUUAAACCCUUUGUCAAGCCCUGAUGUAACAUCUUAUCUCUGACUUCCAAGUUAUUGAGUUAGCAAUCACCUGUCUUCUGUGCUGCAGUGACAGACAUGAUUAUGAGAUUCUGACUAGGGCAAACAUGAGUUAUAAUAGGUGUUAGUGAUUUACAUUAACCCUCUGUUUGCCAUAACUUUCUCUUGUGAUGCCAUGUUGCUGAUCAAUAAACAUGAUCAGUUGUUUCUCAAACCACAAAUUGAUAAUCAUCCAAAAACCUGAGCAAUUAUGGACCUUCCAAGACUAAUGUAUUAAAUAUUUGAAUUACCUCCUCCUAUUGCAACUUCCUUUUAUAGGUCCUCCAUUACCAUCCUUUUUUAUAUGAACCAAAUUUUAAGCCCCAAACCCAAGUGUUUUUUAUGAGAAAACGUCCUCUCGGCAUUUUGGAAAUAUGAUAAUGUCUGAAUUUUCCAUAGGUUUUAAGAGAUCUAUUUGUUUCUUUUAUAUGUUUUUUUGGGGGGCUAGGUUUCCUUAGGACUGCCAAAGAGAUACAUGUCCGGAUCUGCCUGAGAUUUUAGAGGUUGCAGUCCGAGGCACCAGCUACUUAUUUGCAGUUACAGUCCUUAAUUCGGCCUCUAUCCCUUUAGGGAUAUUCCAGGAAAGAUGCUGGAAAAAAAAUACUCACUCUCUCCUGGCUUAUCUGUAUAUCAGGAGAACAGACUGAAUUAACGGAAGCAGCUGCUGCCCAGUAGUGUAACUGGGUCAUUCCAUAUGAAAUAUAUGUGUGUGUGUGUGUGUGUAUAUGUAUGUGUGUGUGUGUAUAUAUAUGUAUAUGUAUGUGUAUAUAUAUAUAUAUAUACAUAUAUAUAUAUAUAUAUGUAUAUGUGUGUGUGUGUGUGUGUGUGUGUGUGUGUGUGUAUAUAUAUAUAUAUAUGUAUAUGUAGAAAGGCCAUUAGGCCUGAAUUUGUGGGAGGAGUAAGUCCCCUACUUAAACUCCCAGCCCCUACUCACCGCUGCCGCUCAGCUGAUUGUCCUUAGCAACCAGCACUUCCGGUCCAGCUUCCCGCCAGAUCUGUACCUGUUUCCAGCAGCCAGACGCCCUGUGCAAUCCUCCGUCCGUCCGAGGUCCUUCCACUCCGUUUCUCUCCGGUCGAGGUACCCGACUUCCGGUCACGAGACCGGCGCGUUCACGUAAGCAAGGCGGGGAAUUAGCGUUCGCUAUUUCCCCGCCGUUCGGGCCUAAAAACGUAGGGGUAGGCUCCCUCUUUCGCAUUUUCACGAAUACACGCUUUUCGUUAAUAUCUCCAUUCGCGCCAAAAAACGCACGAACGUUCGGCUCAUUUCGCUAUCAUUUAAAGCAUUUUCGUACGGAAACAACCGAAUAUAUAUUUCACGUUUAAGCUCAUUAUUAUCUGUAUUCACUUUUUCUGUUCGGUCAUUUCAGCACCAAACUAUUCGUAUGGUAAAAUUCACGAACACCAUCUUACUAAUUUACAUUCGGUUAUUUCUAUUCUUUUAAGCUAAGCAUGCAUAAGUUCUAAUCACACUAUCCUACUAUUAUUUAUUCCUUCAUAUCAGUUUUUGGUUACAUUAUCUGGUUAACUACCAGCCCUGUGUUUUCCUACCUUGUUAAACCAUUUAAAAUAUUUUUCUGUAAUAAACAUAAUGUUUUACCAUGGUUCAUAACUUCAUACGUGUCUAAAUACAAGCUAUACCAUUCUUUCCAAAUAACACUCAGAUAAGUCAUUUAAACACUAUUUACAAGUUAUACCCAUUACACAUAAUCCGUACUAUUCCUUGCACAUAAAUCACGCUGUCACAUUUUGGCUUUUACAGAUUGCAUCGGUCUCUUGCUUUUCUGCAUAAAGUUGUUAUUUCAAGGUCCUUUUAUUACAGGAACAGGUAUGGUUUAUUAUCACCUUGAGUUAUCAGGUUUUAUCAAUUAUCUUCACAUCUAUUGCUAAAUAUGGAAUUUGUUUUGGUUAAACCCUUAGAUCCUGUAUUUAUCUAAGCUUCCACCGUUUCUACGCAGUUAACCUGCCACGAUUAAACAAUCUCUGUACUUAAAACCAAGGUAUAGUUCACUCUCUUUUCAAUACUAGACCUCACGCGGUCUCAACUCCAUUACUACCUUCCCUCAGGCUUACGCCCAGGAUACGUUAUCUCUUUACUACUUGUCUACACAGACUUUCGGUCAUACGGCCAUCAGGCUCAGAAGACACCAAAAACCUGACCCGGUACUCAGCCAUACCUUCAGGUACUUACGUCCUUACUCAAGUACGUCCAUUCGCUACCCCAAGGCCUCAUUCUGCCUUCUCACUCAUAUCCAAAAUCAUCCCAUUCCUACACCUUAACCUCCCAGAUCCCUCAAUGCAGGAUCUCACGUGGUGCCCCUAACAAACCUUCCCCCAAUACUAUUCAUACGACAUCACGAUACGUAUAAACACAUCAACAUCUGUCUUAAACCCCCAGGAUUCUUCCUCAAAGACAACAUUAAGACAAGACUCUCUACACUUAUCAGGAGGCUCCAGAUACCAUUUGCGACCAGUCAAGGUUAGUAUCCACACACCACUCCAGUCCUCUAACUUUACCCUUAAGCAUACAAUCGAACUGGCUAUACGGCACAGGCUAAUGCCUUAGCCCACCCUAUCAGGAAAUCUGAUCCCGCGAGGCCUACCACCCCCACCCCACCUCAACACGGAGGUACGGCCCCACGCCCAAAUCAUAGUUAUAAGCCUCGCAUGCCUUACUACAGGGCUCUAGUUAGGGCCUCACCUGUCACGGCCACACGUUUUUGAUUUCUCUUAUCGUCACCGAGAGGCCAACAUCCCGCCACCACGUCUGUGGCACCUACGUCAUAAGCCAAAUCAUAGGUAGAGCCUCUCACCGCCACUUGGCAUUAGCAGGGCCUCACCUAUCCAGUCAUUCAAUAGUUAAGUUUUUCGCCUCGGCAUCUAGCAUUAAAGUCCAGUUCUUCCAGACACACCACUCCCCAUACCCCCCCCCUUUCUUACCUCACUCCCCUUCUAAUAUAUCUUUCACAUAAUCAUUCCUUUUUAGAAUGUCCCAAGAACCAAUUCCAACCGAAGAACUGAUAGAAGAAACACCAUUCACGCCAAUCAGACCCGUGUCUCCAGGCGAAUCACUUACUCUUUCAACCCCCACGUCCUUGAGAGCAUGGACUAUUCCCAAAAUCACGGCCGAGCUUAGGCUCAGGGGAAUCCCCUUUCCGGCCACAGCUAGAAAGGCAGAACUUUACAGGCUGCUUACCCACCAAGUCCCCGAGCCUCGGCCGGGAACUAGCUCUCAAGGACAACCACCAAGAAACAGCACGGCCACCCAGGAUACCCUGGCAGAUAUCUUGGCCAAUCUACAGACCCUCAAUAGCAGGCUGUCUAAGGUGGAGAGCGCCAUCUCCUCCUCAGGUACUAACACCGUAGUCCCAGUCUCUACCACGGCUGUACCUGCCAUACCUACAUGUCCCUCUAUACUCCCCCCUCCAGCACCUGGCACAGCCAUCACACCUUUCGAGUCACCAGCACACUCCGUCCCAGAUUCUAUCAGGAAAGAUAUCCUAGACGGGAAGGAUGUGUGUCUGGUGUCUUUACUCAUAGCCUCUCAGGAUGUACUCGAGAACAAGGCAUACAAUUAUGGUGACAUUUCAGUUGUGCUCAAAACGAGGGAUCCCAGGCUUAAUAAAAAAUUGUCUAUCCCACAGUUUGUGAUAGCUUUUGGGAUAUACCGCGACGUCAUUUGCACGGUGUAUCCCCAUAGGAGAGAAGAACUAGAUCUCUAUCUCCACAAGGUAGUGGAUCUAGGCAUCAAGUACGGGGGCUCUUCCUUCUAUGACUACCACAAGUCAGUUUCAGCGAAGGCGGCGACCCAUCUCAAGCAGUUCAACAUUAGAAUGAACUGGGGUCAGAUGGACACGGAACUUUUCUGUCGCCACUUCGCUGGACUCAGGCCCCCGGCUUGUGCCAUCUGUAAUUCUACAUCCCACAUGGCGGACUUAUGUCCCGUCGAACCAGAUCCCACCACCUCCACUCCCACCCCUCACCCCACGUUCACACCUCACUCCUCUUUCACCCCUCACAACAAGCCAGCGGGUGGUCUCCGGGAUAAGCUGGGUAGGCCCAUCUCCUUUUUAGGUAAAGCACAGGUGUGCAAUAAUUUCAACGCAGGCUCCUGCAGUUUCAGCGCCUGUAGAUUAUUGCACAUCUGCUCCAUAUGUUUCAGGGCACAUACCAAGACCAUGUGUCCAGCCAGGUUGUCACCAAACAAAUGACUAACCGACAUAAAUAUCGACAACCUGGUUUUUUAUCUAAGGUCUCACCCCAGCAGGCACUUAGUGGAUUUUCUCACCACAGGUUUCUCACAAGGGUUUCACACAGGCAUAGUAGCCAUUCCCCCAGGUACACUAGAAUGUCCUAAUCUCCAGUCUGCACGUUUAGACCCAGUCGCUGUAGACACUCUCAUUUCCGCAGAAACCACAAACGGUUUCAUGAUCGGUCCUUUCACCUCUUCACCGUUUUCCUCCUGGCGCACUAACCCUAUUGGUAUUGCUAUUCACAAAUAUUCUAAUAAAAAACGUCUCAUUAUCGAUUUAUCGGCACCGCACUCCUCUUUUGUUCCAAGCAUAAACGCACUCAUUCCAGCAGACGAAUUCUCUCUGCAGUACGUCACCAUCGACGACGCCAUACAGUCCAUCAUGACAUCUGGUAAUCGACCCUGGCUCAGCAAAACAGACAUCACUAACGCCUUUAAAUUACUGCCCAUACACCCCUCACUCUGGCACUUACACGGUGUUAAAUGGCGAGGGUAUUAUUACUUCUCAACACGACUCACUUUUGGUUCUCGAAGCAGCCCCAAACUUUUCGACAUUUUCGCAGAAUCACUAUGCUGGCUGCUUCUGAACGUCAUCAGGUGUCACUCCGUUAUUCACUAUCUAGAUGACUUUCUACUGAUAGAGCCAGGGUCAUCAACACCCACAGCAAUCAAUAGUACUACCGCACUUUUUUCCACACUGGGAGUCCCUUUGUCCCCAGCCAAAACUAUAGGACCCACAACAAAGUUGACCUUUUUAGGCAUAGAGCUCGAUUCUGUCAAACUCAGAGCCAGCCUUCCACACGACAAACUUUCACGAUUGAGAGGGGAGAUAGACACGUUCCUGCGGAAUGACGUUUGCACCAGGAGAGAACUUCAGUCCCUUCUUGGAUCUCUGAACUUCGCCAUGCGCAUCAUUCCGCAGGGAAGGUCUUUCAUUUCCAGACUUCUUUGCCUGCUCCACGGAGUCCCGGACUCCGGCACAGUUUCUUUGGACCCCCACGCCAAGGCUGACUUAGCUAUGUGGGGGAAGUUUUUGAAAGACUGGAAUGGUAUCUCCAUGUUUAUCCCCCCUCUCUCCACCUCUUCACCCAUCAUCCACACAGACGCAGCAGCCAACACCGGUUUCGCAGCCAUUUUUGGGAACCACUGGUUUAGGGGCCACUGGCCCACUGAGACGGAUGCCUUGCCAGGAUUCAGGGAGACCUCAGCCCUAUUUUAAAUUUACCCCAUUGUGGCGGCCGCACACACCUGGGGUCAUCUCUGGUCCGGCAAGGCAGUAAAAUGCUACUCCGAUAACUCGGCAGCUUGCGAUAUCAUUAACAAAGGGCGCUCAUCAUCCCUGACCAUCAUGCGGCUGAUUCGCAAGUUGUCCUGGCUGGCAGCAUCCAAUCAGUUUCACUUAGUAUGUUCUCACAUCCCGGGUAUUCACAACACCGCCGCUGACGCUCUUUCUCGUUCUCGAUUCCAGGCAUUUUCUCAGGCACUCCCAGCAGCUUACCAACAGCCAUCCAGGACACCACGGUUUCACGAACUAAUAUUGGAUUAAGCACACUCUUGCUUCACGCUAGAUCACUCACUCACCAAGCAUUAUCACCCAACACUGCUAUCACUUACAAUAGGGCACUUAACAUUUUUAACAAAUUCACUGCAGAAUUCGGGCUACAAGGUGACUUUUCUAUCCAAACCAUGGUGUCUUUUGCCUCUUUUUGCCACCUACACCUUAAUCUGUCACACAACACCAUUAAACUUUACCUCACCGGGGUUCAGCACCACAGCCUCACCUAUUUUCCUAACAGCACUCCUUUUAUGUCUUCAUACCCCAUUAAAAAGGUCUUGAAAGGUAUAUCAAAGGUUUCACCACCACUCGCAAGCACUAGAUUACCCAUAGACGGGCCUAUCUUCAGGUCACUUAGCAAUCUCCUUGACACAGCCCCAUUUGAUAGCUACACCAAUACGGUGAUAAACUCUGCCAUAUAUCUCGCUUUCUACGGUUUUCUCAGACCUAGAGAGUUCACCGUGAUUUGUCAAGGAGAUAUCACACGAUGCCUUAAAACUUCACACCUCACCAAGGUAGAGGAUCACUACCUCCUUUCUAUCCCUACCACGAAAACCAACCGGUCAAUACAUCCUACAAUAAUUCCUCUCUUCCCUACUGAUAAUGCCUGGUGUCCGGUGAAAGUUCUCGACCAACUACGGUCAACUCUUCACACUCACCUGCCAGACUCUCCGCUCUUAACAUUACAAGGGCACCCGCUUACCACGGCAAAAUUGAUGUUACAUGUCAGAACCCUGUUAUCUAAGCUCGGACACAACCCGGCUGCAUUCUCUGGGCACUCCUUCCGCAUAGGAGCCGCCUCAGCAGCCUCUAGCACAAACGCACCGGUCCACAUCAUCAAAAGGCUCGGGCGAUGGAAAUCCUCCAUAUAUAACGCAUAUAUUCCGCAACCAGAGAAAGAGCUUCGCCAAGCUUUCAGGAACUUGGUCUUGUAAAAUGCAAUAAAGUGUGUAUUUUCUCGAAUUUAUCUUUUGCCCUCUUUUAUUUACAGGCCCACUCGUACGUUGGUUUCGGCACACCACAACCAACUUUGCUCACAGAUACUAUCCAUUACGUAUUUAAAUUCCGAGCACAAGUAGAAAGGCCAUUAGGCCUGAAUUUGUGGGAGGAGUAAGUCCCCUACUUAAACUCCCAGCCCCUACUCACCGCUGCCGCUCAGCUGAUUGUCCCCACCCACCUACACCCUGUUUUAACUACAUUAUCCUUGGUGGGCCCUCUUUUAUUUACAGGCCCACUCGUACGUUGGUUUCGGCACACCACAACCAACUUUGCUCACAGAUACUAUCCAUUACGUAUUUAAAUUCCGAGCACAAAUAUAUAUAUAUGUAUAUGUGUGUGUGUGUGUGUGUGUGUGUAUAUAUAUAUAUAUAUAUAUAAUAUAUAUAAUGUGUAUAUAUGUGUGUGUAUAUAUGUGUGUGUGUAUAUAUAUGUAUAUAUAUAUAUAUAUAUAUAUAUAUGCAGUUUGGCACUCUUCCUUAUUGCAGUAACAAGAACCUUCGAGAUCUAUUGGUCAAAGGAGAUUCGGUACAUUGUUAAAAGAAACCGACAACCAACAAGAAAUUAGGGUGCUUUAAAUGUUCAGGCUGCGUCACCUGCAGCCAUAUGAUUGGGGGGAGUACCUUCGUGCACCCACAUAGUGGCAAGAGGUACCCUAUUAAGCAACAUAUAACCUGCACAACGCAUCAUGUUAUCUAUUUAAUUACCUUCCCAUGUGGACUAGCAAAUGUUGGCAAGACCGACCUGACGCUUAGAAACCGUAUUCGAGGACAUUGUUCUACCGUCAACACUGCAUACCGCGAUGAAAUGACUAACAAACCAGUCGCCAAGCACUUUCUGAUGAUGGGACAUAGUCUCCCAUCUUUACGAUUCAUUGAUCAUGACCCCCCUUUACCCCGUGGAGAAAACAGAUCUAAAACACUGUUGCAAGGCAUAUUGGAUACAUCAUUUAAAUACUGUAUCCCCAAAUGGCUUAAAUGAGAACAUAGUGCUCUCCAUGUUUCUAUAAUUGUUUAUCUAUGAAGAAUUAAAUUUUGAUUUGACUUACCGUAUAAGCCAAGUUUUUUUAGCACAUUUUUUGUGCUGAAAAAGCCCCCCUCUGCUUAUUCUCGAGUCACUGUCUGUAUUAUGGCAAUUUACAUUGCCAUAAUACAGACCAGGACCGCCGGGCUCAUUACAAGCCCGGCGGUCCUGUUGGGGGCCAGCAGCAAGCUGUUACUUAUAUUUGUAGCAGCUCCGUUCAGCACACAGUGUAAAUCUCGCGAGACCCGCGGCCGUCCGAGCAUUGCCACGGGUUCCUGUGGCAACACUCCAUGCGGCACGCAGGCCACAAGACUUACACUGUGAGCUGAACGGAGUUGACCGGAGCUGCUACAAAGGUAAGUAACCGCUUGCUCCGGCCCCCCCACUGAGCAGCCAAUGCCACUGGACCACCAGGGAAUAAUAUAGCCCCCCCUCCCUGGCCAGGUAUCAAGCAGGGAGGGGAAAAAAAAAGGUAGAACCCCAGCUGUAAGUCUUAUUGCUAGCCAUCAUGGGAGUUGUGGUUUUCUAACAGCUGGAGAUCUACCUCCUGUCCCCCCAUCCCCCCCAUCAAUGUAUGCAGUGCAUGAGUCUAUCAAAGCAAAUUAUCGUUCUUAUUUUGUAUUUUAUGCAGAUUAAAAAAAAAUUUUUAAUCUAUAUACAUUAAAAAAAAUCAAAAUAAUAUUAGAAAAAAAAGUAAAAUAAUAUUAAAAUAAAUUUCAAAAAGUUAAAUAAUAAAAAUGCCCUCCCCCACCCAGUUUACACACACUACACAAACACACACUGCAUUCACACAAACACACACACUCUGCAUUAUAUACACACACACUCUGCAUCCAUUAUAUACACACACUGCAUUCACACAUACACAUUCUGCAUUCAAUAUAUAUAUAUAUAUAUAUAUAUAUAUACACACACACACACUGCAUUCAUUAUAUAUAUAUAUAUAUAUAUAUAUAUAUAUAUAUAUAUAUAUAUAUAUACACACACACUCACUGCAUUCAUUUAUAUAUAUAUAUAUAUACACACACACUGCUUUCAUUAUAUAUAUACACACUGCAUUCAUUAUAUAUACACACAUACACUGCAUUUAUUAUAUAUAUAAACACACACACUCUGCAUUUUAUUAUAUAUAUAUAUAUACACACACACACACACACACACACACACUCUGCAUACAUUAUAUACACACACUACACACACACACUCUGCAUUCAUUAUAUACACACACUACACACACACACACUCUGCAUUCAUUAUAUACACACAAUGUAAAUAUUCAAUUAAAGUAAUUUUAUUGGGAUCUAAUUUUAUUUAGAUAUUUACCAGUAGCUGCGAAAAAAGAGGGGGUCAGGGGCUGCGCUUAGGUAAAACAGAUAUGUUGAAAUAUAUAAGAUCGUGUAUAUGUAAAAUAAACAGCGGUAAUAAAAUCAAAUAAAGUUCAUCCGGAUUUUCUUAAAAAUAUAGAAUAAAAACAGUCUCACUGAUAUGUAGUACCACGAUAUUAAUCCUCAAGUAUGGCUCCGUCCGUGUGGUAGCUAGUCCAUAUAUGUGAAGAUAAAAAACAAGAAAGAAAGCUGCCUAUGGUGAAAUAUUGUUGGUCCUGAUGUGGUAUAUAAUCAAAGGAAAUAUGUUUCACUCACAUUUGGUGGAGCUUAUUGCCAGCUCUGGGAGAAGAGGCACUUAGUGGUUUGAUCCCCACUAACGGAUAUACUUAGAUGGUCCGUCUGUCCGGCUUGGGAUUCCUGUGGUGUCGGCUAGGAUCUACUUCACAUAUACGUUGUUUUCUUGAUGCUUGGAAGAUAGGUCCGCCUUUCCAGUAUCGGGUGGUAGGUGUCCACGGAGUAUAUAUGAGACAGCAAAAUAGUGCUCUCAGUAUGAACAACAAAGUGAUAUCUAUAAAUGAAUAAUACUUACAAGAAUGGAGCAGAUGGAUACUGCUCUAUUGCCACAGCGCUGGUGGAAUUAUCCCCACCUAAGGAUUUCUUUGGACGGAAUAUGCUUCCAAGUAAAAAAUUGAAUAAUAAAAAUAAUAAAAAAUAAUAAAAAAAGGUGGAUAAAACUAUAGUGUUAAAUACAAAAAAUAUAUAUGAAAAAAUAAUAUAUAUAUAUAUAUAAAAUGCCAGGGGUAAAAAGAAAGUGUAUAAAAUACAAUAAAAAUAAGUAUGCAAUUGGUCCUAGUUUUAAAAGGUAACCAAAAAUAACUUUUAUUGAUUAAAAUACACUUAUUAAAACCAUUUACGCGUUUCACCUUUGGGGUUUUCUCAAAAUGGUAAAAGCUUUUACCAUUUUGAGAAAACCCCAAAGGUGAAACGCGUAAAUGGUUUUAAUAAGUGUAUUUUAAUCAAUAAAAGUUAUUUUUGGUUACCUUUUAAAACUAGGACCAAUUGCAUACUUAUUUUUAUUGUAUUUUAUACACUUUCUUUUUACCCCUGGCAUUUUAUAUAUAUAUAUAUUAUUUUUUCAUAUAUAUUUUUUGUAUUUAACACUAUAGUUUUAUCCACCUUUUUUAUUAUUUUUUAUUAUUUUUAUUAUUCAAUUUUUUACUUGGAAGCAUAUUCCGUCCAAAGAAAUCCUUAGGUGGGGAUAAUUCCACCAGCGUUGUGGCAAUAGAGCAGUAUCCAUCUGCUCCAUUCUUGUAAGUAUUAUUCAUUUAUAGAUAUCACUUUGUUGUUCAUACUGAGAGCACUAUUUUGCUGUCUCAUAUAUACUCCGUGGACACCUACCACCCGAUACUGGAAAGGCGGACCUAUCUUCCAAGCAUCAAGAAAACAACGUAUAUGUGAAGUAGAUCCUAGCCGACACCACAGGAAUCCCAAGCCGGACAGACGGACCAUCUAAGUAUAUCCGUUAGUGGGGAUCAAACCACUAAGUGCCUCUUCUCCCAGAGCUGGCAAUAAGCUCCACCAAAUGUGAGUGAAACAUAUUUCCUUUGAUUAUAUACCACAUCAGGACCAACAAUAUUUCACCAUAGGCAGCUUUCUUUCUUGUUUUUUAUCUUCACAUAUAUGGACUACCUACCACACGGACGGAGCCAUACUUGAGGAUUAAUAUCGUGGUACUACAUAUCAGUGAGACUGUUUUUAUUCUAUAUUUUUAAGAAAAUCCGGAUGAACUUUAUUUGAUUUUAUUACCGCUGUUUAUUUUACAUAUACACGAUCUUAUAUAUUUCAACAUAUCUGUUUUACCUAAGCGCAGCCCCUGACCCCCUCUUUUUUCGCAUUUCCUACAUAAGGGUUCCGUGAGGGAUCUCCCUUUUUGGGUUGCUGCUCAAUUGAACUAGCGCAGACUCUUCCUCUGUUUUGAUUUACCAGUAGCUGCUGCAUUUCCCACUCUAGGCUUAUACUCGAGUCAGUAAGUUUUCCCAGUUUUUUGUGGUAAAAUUAGGGGCUUCGGCUUAUAUUCGGGUCGGCCUAUACUAGAGUAUAUACGGUAACCUUUGUUACACAUGUAUAUAUACGGUAACCUUUGUAAUACAUGUUAAAUAGGAGUUCUUCUCCAUGAUAAUACUGAAAUGGCGUUUCUGCGAAAUCCCUCAUAUGUUGGGUUGGACUCUUGUGGUCUGCCAACAUUAUAUUCAUUAUUUCUUGCUGUCUUCAUUUAUUUUUAGUGUAUCAGAUUGGUACUAUCCUUAAGCAACCCAGUAGGCAUAUAUAUGCAUCUUGGGUGUACACGUUUGAAUUGACCUCUCAACCUACAAAGAUAAUUUUUUUCCUGCUCUGUCCAGUUUAAGCACCAUAUAUGGAUAGUAGUCACAUUAUUUUCCCAUAACCGCUCAGUGACGCUAUUGGGACUUAAUUAAUUUUUUUUUUUUUUAAUUCUAUUCCGUUUAUUUUUUUUUUGUGGUACCUAUGAGACUACCUUUCACGUUUUUUUUUUGUUUUUUUCACAUUGUAGAUGCACAGGUUUGAUGUGCUCACAUGUUCAUGUUGGCAUAUAUGUAGUUCAUAAUGUACCCUCAUAGGUACCCUUGUAAUCCUCCAUUCUGGAAGAGCAAACUAACGCUCAUUGUAUCACUCACGGGUGUUUGGUUGCCCAUCACUACUGUUGCUUAGUUACCUUAGCAUCCACAUUGGAGACGUAACGUAAUGACGUCACACGUGGUCUUCUCUCACUUCCGGGUUCACGAUCGGGUGGUGGAUUCACUGCACUUUGAUUGGUAACUGUUUAUUUGAAAUAUGUAUAUAUUUGCACUGUUGAUAAAAUGUAAGUUCUGAUCUUGAAAAAGACUUUAUAGAGGUCAAACGUCAAUCCUUUGGACAAUUUUUUUUGCACAAUAAAUAAAGUUAAAAUUUUCAAAUCCAGGUGUGCACCUUUGAUUUUUCUCUCUAUCUCUGUUUUUUUUAUUUUUUUUGUCGAUUACUUCUGCAAGAGCAAUACAGCUCCAUGUGGUAUCUAUGGAAAGCUCAUUACUUUUGUUAUUGUACACACAACAUACUUAAUUGUUUAUCUUUGGUAGAACAGUGACUGUGAUACAUGCUGAAUAGUGAUGUCCCGAACGGUUCGCCGCGAACUCAUCAUUGAGUAAACUUUGACCCUGAACCUCACAGUCAGCAGACACAUUCCAGCCAAUCAGCAGCAGACCCUCCCUCCCAGACCCUCCCACCUCCUGGACAGCAUCCAUUUUGAAGCUGUAUUCUUAGUGAGCUGUCCAGGAGGUGGGAGGGUCUGGGAGGGAGGGUCUGCUGCUGAUUGGCUGGAAUGUGUCUGCUGACUGUGAGAUACAGGGUCAAAGUUUAUUCAAUGAUGAGUCCGCGGUGAACCGUUCGGGACAUCACUAAUGCUGAACUUAAAGGCUAAAACAGUCUAUUGGUAAAAAAAAAAUUAAAUGCACAACUGUGGAAUAAACUAGUUCACUCAACUGCAUUUUUUUGUUGGGGGUUUUAUUGGGGGUUUUUUUUGUGUGUGCAUUUUUUUCCCCCUGAAUCGAUAAUUAAGGAAUUUCUCACUUUCUCAUGGCUUAAAAGUUGAAGCCCUAUGCUACUAGCUAGGCCUUUAAAGUUAUUAUUUACAAGCAAUAAAAUACUCACCAGGGGUGAAGUUAAACUCACCAAAGUCUACAUUUUCACUUGCCAACGGCUAGAAAUAAGUAGAGAUUUUGAGGCCUCCUAUAUGGUCUGUUUAGAACAAUAACAAAAAAUUAUAAAUUUGAUAUUUGAUCUUCGAUAUAAUACAUUUAUGAAGAAAUUACAGUGUAAUAGGUUAUGGCAAGCUGCUGAUUUGACUUUACUACCAACUUAAACACCACCACCCGUACCUUUUGUCAUAAGAAAUGUCAAAGUAGUGCCACUAUUCCAUUCAGCCUUCUUCAUGGUGGCAACGGUUAAUAAAGUUAUUCCUUUUGACUGUGCCACAAAACUGUUGGGAGAGGGGGAUUUUUUUUGUCCUUACUUGAUGUGGCGGAUGAUCUGCUUCUAAAGAAAAUAAGAUCUAGUAUUGUGGUUGAAAGAAUCCCUAAUCAUGCAAUUGUUUUCAGUGUAUCUGUUUCCUUCAGACUCUAUCCACUCUCCACUGAGAGUAAAACUGUAUCUUGGCCUACAUGACAAAUAUUUUCUGAGAAAUGAUGAUGGACUCUUUCCUUUUUGUAUGUUUAAAUAUUUGGAUUUUUUUUUUUUUUUAAAUGAAAUGUAGUUUAUAUUGUUUAUGGCAUGGAAUAAACCGAAUAUUUUAAUUCCAGAAUUAUACUAGUACUAAGAGAAUAUUGCGUAUUACCCGCUAGACCAGCGUUUCCCAAUUAGUGUGCCGCAGAAACCUGAGGUUCCAUCGCAAUUUUGCCACAUCCAACAUAACCACCGGUCCUCCCUGUUCCCAGAAAUCGAAAACACAGAGCGAGAGCAUUCUUAUUCCCACCCGCCAUCUACUAUUUCAGACUUACUCUGUAGUUGGUUAGUGAAAUUUGUAUUUUUCUAAGUUAGAAAAGUGGGGUUUUUUUUGUUUAUUUUUUUUUUUACCAACGAACAACCAUGAAUUUGGACAGCUGGUUAAAAAAGGUAGAAACUUACAAGAUACAUAUUGUUACUACUUCUAAUUGUACAGCAGUUAUAGAAAUUGAAAGAAGAUUCAAGAAAUCAAGAACACAGGUCCAAAAUAGUUGAAUCUACUGUUUCUCAAAUAGCAGAGACAAGAGACAAGUUGAAGAAAAAAAGAAAAGCACACUAUGCUAUCCAAUCUUCUUAGAAGACGAAAAUAUGAUGACAGCUACUUGUCAUUUGAAUUCACAAGUGCCAGAAAUGAAUAUUGUCCUGAAACACAAUGCUUACUUUGGAAGAAAAUAUUGCCAAACAGUUUGUUAGCACCUGCUAAAUUAGUUAUUUUGGACAAAAACAUGCAGAGUACAAAGUUAAAGAUACUGUUUAUGUUAAUGCUUAUGUUACUGCUUUAGGGAUAUCUGAAGACUAAACAGGUUAUGAACCAAAAAAAACAAAACAAAUGAAGCCACAGAGACUUAUUACAGAGUGAGUUAUCGCAUGGCACUUGCCAGAGAAGCAUAUACAAUUGGGGAAUCACUAAUAAAAUCAGGUCAUGUAUUUUAGGGAGAAGUUGUGUGCAAAAAUUAAAGCUUUGACACUCUCCGGCAACACUGUUUUGAGUCAUAUGCAUGAUCUUGCUGAUAUCUUCCAGACAGAACUCAUUUCUCAGCUUCAUCAAUGUAAUGGGUACUCGCUGCAAUUGGACAAGUUCACAAAUGUUCCAGGGCUUUUAAUGUUUCUAGUUUUUGUAAGAUUUAAUUUUGACAAACAGAUUGAAGACUUGCUUCUUUGUGAAACUUUACAAACCCAUACCACUGGUGAGAACAUCUUUUUAACUGUAUCCAGAAAGUUAUGAACAUUGUAUCAAUUGGGACAUAUUAGAUGUGUGCAGUGAUGGUGCCAAAGCAAUGGUGGAAAAGUGUCAGGCGCUGUGACACAAACCAAAAAUGUAGCAAAAAAAAAAAAAAAAAACGCACCAAGCUAGAUGAAGCAGUCCAGAUUAUUAAUUUCAUAAAAAGUAAUUCUUUACAGUCGCAAUUAUUUAAAAUUAUAUCAGUAGUCACCAUUCUUCUCAGCUUUUGCAGUCAGAUGAGUGUAAUCUAUCACUAGGGAAACUCCCUGUUAGAAUGCUGAAUUGCGGCAAGAGUUAUUUGCAUGUUUCCAGGAAGAUACAUUUGGAUUAUCAGAUCGAUUAACAAGCAUUUUGUAGUUAUUCAUAAUAGCAUAUGUUGCAGACAUAUUCCACAAAUUAAAUGAAUUAUGUUUCACUCCAGGGGAAAAAAAACUUAAUAUUUUUAAUAUGAGGGAUAAAAUAGUUUCACUGUCUUGUAAGUUGCAGCUUUGGACCUCAGAUGUGGAGCACAGUAAUUUGAACUCUUUUCCAACACUUAAGGAUUUUCUUGAAGAAACAGAAAUUGAACUUGAAAAUUAAAUUCACAAUGAAAUUGUAGGUCAUCUUCGCAAUUUACACGUCUUUUAAUCAAUGUUUUCCAUUCUUGGGGGAAAUGCGUUUUUUUUUUUUUUUUUUUAAUGACUGACUUUGAAAUCAAUCCAUACAAGACAAACCAGACAGUUUUUCUGAUGUAGAUUUUGAGAAUCUGAGCAAUAUAACAUCUGACAGUCAACUAACCCAAACAUUUCAAAACCUUUUCUCUUAUUGCUUUUUUUGGGGCAAUUUAAGCAAACAAUACCUGGAAUUGUUGCAGCUGGCUAACAAAGUUGUGUUGCCAUUCGCCAGCACAUGUGUGAAACUGGAUUCUCACUUAACUCUGCAAUAAAAGGCUAACUUGAUUCAACUGCAGACAUGCGACUACAAAUGUCAACAAUUACACAAGGUAUAAGAAAGAAAUGCCAAAAAAGAAAAACAUUACACUCUGCUCAUUAAAAAGUUUGUGCUACAGCGCAAAACAUUUUUUGGGUGUUCCAUGAUGGUUGGUAUACUAUGUCAAAGCAUUCUAUGGAAAAAUUCAUUGGGAACCACUGCAUUAGACUUAUAUGCGUUUUAUAAAUCUAGAUAAAUCAAACGGCUAGAAUGCUUGGGAUUUGUUGCUCUGGUUCCACAUAGUGGAUGAAAACCAGACCAUGAACCCAAGUCCAUAAAAGGCACAUGUCCUUGCAGUCUCACUAGAUGUGGUAUGGUGAAUUGUUUUUUGAUGUCAUGAUGAAGUUUUUGGUCCUUAAAGGACCACUAUAGUGCCAGGAAAACAUACUCUUUUUCCUGGCACUAUAGGGUCUCUAGGUUCCCCCUCCCACCGGGCUCUAGGGGGUGGAAGAUGUUAAAUUUACCUCUUUUUUCCAGCACCGGGCAUGGGGACUCUCCUCCUCCUUCUCGUCGCCAUCGGCUGAAUGCGCAUGCGCGGCACGAGUCAAUGCUUUCCUUUGGACGCUGGCGUCUUCUCACUGUGAAAAUCACAGUGAGAAGCACGGAAGCGCCUCUAGCGGCUGUCAAUGAGACAGUCACUAGAGGCUGGAUUAACCCUAUUAUAAACAUAGCAAUUUCUCUGAAACUGCUAUGUUUAUAGAAGAAAGGGUUAAUCCUAGCUGGACCUGGCACCCAGACCACUUCAUUAAGCUGAAGUGGUCUGGGUUCCUAUAGUGAUCCUUUAAGAGUUUCCAACAAUGUCUCCAUGAAUUCUUUAAGCGAGGUUGAAAACUAUUGUUUAUAUUUUACUUUGAUGAUUUCAAAUCCUUAAAUCUCUUAUGUUUCACAUACAUGUUCCUAGUCUUCAAGUUUGUCAAAAGUUCCAAUUGAUAUAUUUCAAAAUAGUGCUCAUCAGCCUGUUCUACCAGAGUUAAACAAUGACGUGUUGUGUAUAGCCAACAAAUGGUGGCCUCAUAAUUUGAAGUUGUUGUGUUGAACUAAAAGUGUCAGAAAAUUCUUCCACCUAAAUAGCCCAUAAACUUCACUCAAGCUGCCAACAAAGGACAUUGUGUGCAGGAAUCAAGAGAUCAUCUUCAGAACUUACCAUUGGAGCUCAUAACUGCUACAGGGUGAAUGCACAGUAUCACUGCAGAAAUGAGUCAGAACAAGUCUCACCUGUUCUGCAACAAAUUAAAAUCGUUAUCUUAAACAAGUUAUCGGCAUUACUAAAAGAUUAGAUUUAAUACUUAAAUUAACUAAAUUAUAUUGAAUAAUAAUUUACAUUGAUUCCAAUUUCACCAUAUUCUCAGCCCUACAGCAUUUGUACCUCUUGGAGUGAAUAAGUAAAGUUUUUAAAAUUGAAGAAAAUGGAAAGGUUAGUUUAGUCAGAUUUACACAACUUUAGACAUAUCAAGAAAGAUCAGAGAACUUAAAAUAUACUGGAAAAAGGCCAGUUAAACUGCUUUCCAAGGACACCUUGUGCAGCCAUAUAAUGUUUAGAGAAAUAUCACUACUUGGGUUUCAGAAAUUCAAAACUUGAAGCAACCUGCAUUUGCAUAUUUGACGUAGAAUUACACAAUUUGCACUAAUUUCAAGUUGCACUAAUUUUAAUCUUUUAAAAUCCUGUUGUGGGCGGUGAGUAGUGAUGUCCCGAACGGUUCGCCGCGGACUCUUCAUUGAGUAAACUUUGACCCUGUACCUCACAGUCAGCAGACACAUUCCAGCCAAUCAGCGGCAGACCCUCCCUCCCAGACCCUCCCACCUCCUGGACAGCAUCCAUUUUACAUUCAUUGUGAAGCUGCAUUCUUAGUGAGCUGUCCAGGAGGUGGGAGGGUCUGGGAGGGAGGGUCUGCUGCUGAUUGGCUGGAAUGUGUCUGCUGACUGUGAGGUACAGGGUCAAAGUUUACUUAAUGAUGAGUCCGCAGCGAACCGAUGAUGCAUAGUGUCAACAUGGUGCAGUAUGGGGGCCCCUUUUGUUGCUUAAAUUAUACAUAAGUAUAGUAUACAGGUGCCUCAUUCAAGGGCCCUAUUUGACCUUGCUCUGCAGAUAGUUCUAGGACAGUGAUGGCCAACCUUUUUUUUCCUCAAAGUGCCAAUUAGUUUAAGUUUAGAAAAAACAACUCGUACAGUUGUCCAAAGUAAUUAACAUCUUUUGUUUUAUAAGAACACAACAGAGCGUUCAAUGAUACAAAUUUUAAAUAAUGAUAUAAAUAGAUAAAAUUAAGCUUAUAUUUAUUAGUAUCUCCAACAAAUGCAAUACAUACACUGACAUACACACACACACACACACACUGCUGAAUACACAUAGACAUACUGCUGAAUACACACACACACACACACACACACACACACACACACACAGAAUGCUGAAUACAUACAGAAUGCUGAAUACACACACGUACUGCACUGACAGGUGCAGUGUAUGUGUUUGUGAGUGAGGGUGUGGAGUGGGUGCUGUGUGUGGUGGGGAGGAGAGCUGUGUGGUGGGGGGGGGUGGCAGGGGUGCUGUGUUACAUAGUUUCAUAGCUGAAAAGAGACUUGCGUCCAUCAAGUUCAUCCUUCCUCACAUAUGUUUUUGCUGUUGAUCCAAAAGAAGGCAAAAUACCUAGUCUGAAGCGCUUCCAAUUUUGCAACAAACUAGGAAAAAAUUCCUUCUUAACCCCAAAAUAGCAGUCAGAUGUCUCCUUGGAUCAAGCAGCUAUUAUCCUACGAAUUAGAAAUUAUAUCCCUGUAUGUUAUGUUUUUGCAAGUAUUUUUCCAAUUAUAGUUUAAACAUCUGUUUGGACGCUGACAAAACCACCUCUUCAGGUAGAGAAUUCCAUAUCCUUAUUGCUCUUACUGUAAGAAAAACCUUUUCUUUGCCUUAGAUGAAAUCUCCUUUCUUCCAGCCUAAAUGUGUGAUCUAGUAUCCUAUGUAUAACACUCUUUAUGAAUAGAUUUCCAGAUAAAGGUUUGUACUGGCCCCGAAUAUAUUUGUAUAAUGUUAUCAUAUCCCCUCUCAGGCACCAUUUUGCCAAACUAAAGAGAUUUAAUUUUUUUUACCUUUCUUUGUAACUAAAAUGCUCCAUUCUUUUUAUCAAUUUUGUAGCUCGUCUCUGCACUUUUUCUAGUGCCGUGAUAUCUUUCUUUAGAAAUGGUGCCCAAAAUUGAACAGCAUAUUCAAGGUCUGGUCUUACCAGCAAUUUAUAAAGAGGCAAAAUUCUAUUUUGUUCCUGAGAAUUUAUGCCCCUAUUUAUACAUAACAUAAUAAUAAUAAUAUACAUAAUAAUAGACAAAACCUUACUGGCCUUAGCAACUGCAGAUUGAAAUUGCAUAUUGCUGCCUAAUUUGUUGUCUAUAACAAUCCCCAAAUCCUUCGCGUGUGUGGUUAUCCCUUGUUCAUUUUAUUACUUUACAAAGCUUUGUGUCAUCUGCAAACACUUAUACAUGGCUUUCAAUGCCUAUUUCAAGAUCAUUUAUAAAUAUGUUAAAUAGAAGCAGUCCCAAAACAGAACCCUGAGGGACACCACUUACCACUUUUGUACAGCCUGAAAUUUUACCAUUGACAACUCGUUGACUCUAUCCUUAAGCCAAUGUUCUACCCAAGAACAAGAAUAUUCAUCUAGACCAAUUUCUUUUAGUUUGAAGACUAACCUAUUGUGAGGAACCGUAUUAAAUGGGGUACAUUGACGUUGUGGCAGGCUUAUGCAAUGUAUGAUUAUAUAUUGUAACUAAAUACCCAUUAUUUUUGCCUAGGUUAGGUGUUUUUAGAAAACCUAUUACAUUCUGGGAGCUUUUCUGUCAACAAGUGUUUUAAGGAUAGUGUUAGAGAUCUAAAUAAUCAUGGCAAAAAUUGUACUGGCACUUAGGCCUUUUGAUAAUGCAAUUUUAAACCAGUUUAUCUGCACUGCUUGUAUCCUUUGUCACCAGCCCACUUGCCAUGGGUAAUUGGGAAGUGAGUCCCUGCAAGUUGGCCCAGAGAUUCAUUAAUUGUACCUGCACCUGCUUAUAUUUUGCUGCUAUGAUUUGGAAAGGAUACCAAUGAAGGCUUUCUGGUUUAGGGAUGCUCAAGGACUAGAGCCUUUGUCUGUAGAACAAUCGUAAUGGGCUAUUGACACAUGUGGGUUGAGGGUUGUAUGACAUUCCAAGAUGUGAACCGUAAUUGAGAUAGAGAUGGAUAGACUAGUCAAGCAGGGAUAAGGCAACCUUCGACGCACCAGAUGUUUUGGACUUUAUUCCCCAUAAUGCUCUUACACCCACAAUGCUGGCAAAGCAUCAUGGGAGGUGUAGUCCAAAACAUCUGGAGUGCCGAAGGUAUGCCUGGAUAUGGGAAGGUAACAAAUACAUCCCAGGAUUCUCACACUGAAGCACACAUUCUCACACACCAUGAUCCUAAAUACAAAUAUGCCUUUGCACACAAACACGCACCUGCAUUUAUACAUACAGACCCUCCAUUCAAAUAAACACCUGUGUUUACACCCAGUAAAAUGCUUCAGACAUGCUUUGCAUUAAAUUAAAUGCUUAAUUCUGUAUGUAUGUGUAGCAAAUACCAUCUUAAGCCUGACUAGUACAUGAAAAUGUAAACCCUGAGUCUAAUACAUAAACAUUUGUCAUUUUAUAUUUUAAAGUUUUGUCAGGGUAAUUUGACUAGCUCUCCACUAGUUAUUGGCCCUCCACCUCUUAUAAGAUUAUAAUACUCAGUAUUUGGCAGAUAAUUAUGGGGAAUGUAGUCCAACAGCUGAAGGCCAUGAUUAGACAGUGCUCUUCUAUAAUCAACAGGUGCAUGCUGCUUUUCUUUAUUGUCCAGAAUAAAAGUGACUGUUAAAUAAAUAGCAAUGAUGCAUACCUAUAGCAUUCCUUUCAUGCCAGGUGCAUAAUUAUCAUCAGAACGUGAUCUCAUCACACAUGAAAAGUAGACCUUUAACAAGGCUGAAGUUGAAAUGCCCUUGUCUAAAUGAAGAGAGGGUUAUAGAUCAACAUUUGUAGUGGUGCAGGUGGUGUUUAAAUGUAUGUUUUCAACACUCAAUUUUUAACUUUCAUACAAAAGUUGAUUCAAAGGGAAACCUACAUUUAUCUGGAAAUUAAACUGUUAGAAAUCAUUUUUUAUGGAUAUUAAAAUAUAGCAAAUGGCAUCACAAUGCCUCCUAGUCCAGGCAUUUGCAGACCACACAUUGUAUUAGAAAAGAAGAAAUUGAAACAUUGACACUUGAGAGUAUAUGGAGAGGAAUCUACAAAGAAAAUAGAAGUACAGAUACCACUUAAUAACAUACCUUCCAACCUUCCUGCAUAUGGCAGGGCAGUCCUAAUUUCAGGGGCAUUUUCUGUUGCCCUGGCUUUACUCUCUGGUGUGCCACUUCUUGGAACAAUGGAGACUAAUUCCACGAAGGUGCAGCAUAAAAGCAUCAUAUGACGCACUCACUACGUUCAGGGCACCUAACCAAUGGCAAAGCUCUUCAACAGAUCCAUGCACAUGAGCAGCAUUGAGUGAACCCUUUAUUGAACAGAACCAAUCUGUUCUUCAGUCUGUCCCAUCAGCUAUGACAUCACCAAUUAUACCCAUGGUGUUUCUGACCUGUCCCAGUCCUACAUUCACACCCCUUCUAUGUUGAGAAGUAUAUUAUAUAUAACUUGUAAAACCUCACUCUGGUUACGUUUUCAAUAAAAUAUUAAAUCCGUGCUAAAUGGCGUGAAGCAGAAUACUAUAUGCCUACAUCUUAUAUAAGGUCACCUGUAAUAUUGGUGGCCAAUUCUAAAGAAUUUGUCAUACAAAAAAUUAAAGUUAAGAAAAGGGUUACUAGAAUAGCGCAACGUCUGUAUUAACAAAUCUGUAAACUGAAGAAAAAAAACAAAAUAUGAAUUGCUUUGAGCAGAGAAAGACAUUGGUGACAUGAUAAAAACUUACAAAUAUCUGCAUGGUUUACCAAAGUACAAAUGACAUUUUCUUGAGGACAAAACCUGAAGUAGAUUGGAUUUUGUCUGCUGUCAAAAUUUGUUUCCUUUGUUUAAAAAAAGAUGUGAAGUGUGGAUAUUUGGAAUGAGUCUUCGUAUUUCAAUGUAGUAUCUGAAAAAGAUAACACUCUAAUGUAUUUAAUUGCCAUGCAAUAUAUGAUUUACGUGCACAAAUAAUUAUAAUUUUAUUCUUUAAUUUACAGGUUUUCGAAAAAUAAGUUUGGAUGAUCUACGCAAGGCUUACAUAGUAAAAGAUGUGCAGCAAUAUAUUCUUCAUCGCUUGGACCAAGAAGAAGCGUUGAGACAACACUUGACAAAGGAGACUGCAGAGAUGUUAAACCAACUCCACAUCAAAAGCAGUGGGUGCUUUCUCUACUUGGAGCGUGUUUUAGAUGGAGUCGUGGAAAACUUCAUCAUGCUUCGAGAGAUCCGUGAUAUUCCUGGAACUUUAAAUGGCUUAUACCUCUGGCUUUGUCAAAGACUUUUUGUUAGAAAGCAGUUUGCAAAAGUCCAGCCAAUAUUAAAUGUUAUUCUUGCCGCUUGUAGGCCUCUAACAACCAUUGAACUUUUCCAUGCAGUUUGGACAAAAAAUAUGUCAUUAACAAUGGAAGAUUUCCAGCGGAAAUUGGAUGUCCUAUCAAAAGUCCUAGUUGAAGGGUCAGGGAAUACAAAAAUGUUAUUCCAUUAUAGUUUUGCUGAAUGGUUGCUUGAUGUGAAACAUUGCACUCAAAAAUAUCUAUGUAAUGCAGCUGAGGGCCAUCGAAUGCUUGCAAUGAGUCAUACCUGUCGGGCAAAGGAGCUGACCCCAGUUGAAGUACAGGAGUUUGCUUUACAUUUAAUACAUUCAAAUUUGCAACUAACAAAUUCGGAACUAGCCUUGUGGAUGAUCUGGAAUGGAACGUGUGUCAAAGACUCAUUGUGUACUGUAAUACCAAAGGAGCAAGAGGUGCUACAACUGCUAGUAAAAGCGGGUGCUCAUGUUGAUAGUGAAGAUGAUAGAACAUGUUGCAUUGUACGACAAGCUUUAGAAAGGGAAGAUUCAAUUCGCACUUUGCUGGAUAAUGGAGCAUCAGUUAAUCAAUGUGAUUCAAAUGGAAGAACUUUAUUGGGAAAUGCCGCUUACAGUGGCAAUCUUGAUGUUGUCAAUUUGCUUGUGUCAAGAGGGUCUGAUCUUGAAAUAGAAGAUACCAAUGGACAGACUGCACUUACUCUAGCUGCUCGCCAAGGACAUGUGAAGGUGGUGAAUUGCUUAAUUGGGUGUGGUACAAAUAUAAAUCAUUGUGAUCAUGAUGGGUGGACAGCCUUAAGAUCUGCAGCGUGGGGUGGGCACACUGAAGUAGUCUCUGCUCUUUUGUAUGCAGGUGCGAAAGUGGAUUGUGCAGAUGCAGAUAGUCGAACAGCUCUAAGAGCUGCAGCAUGGGGAGGGCAUGAAGAUAUAGUGUUGAAUUUGCUACAACAUGGAGCAGAAGUCAAUAAAGCUGACAAUGAAGGAAGAACUGCUUUGAUUGCAGCUGCGUACAUGGGGCAUAGAGAAAUUGUAGAGCAUCUUUUAAGUCAUGGUGCUGAAGUUAACCAUGAAGAUGUGGAUGGAAGAACAGCUUUAUCAGUUGCAGCACUUUGUGUACCUGCAAGCAAGGGACACGCAUCUGUAGUUAGCCUUCUCAUUGAAAGGGGUGCGGAAGUAGAUCACUGUGAUAAGGAUGUAAUGACUCCUCUACUUGUUGCUGCAUAUGAAGGACAUGUAGAUGUUGUCGAUCUGCUCUUAGAAGGUGGUGCUGAUGUGGAUCAUACUGAUAAUAAUGGACGUACUCCUCUGCUUGCUGCAGCAUCUAUGGGACAUGCAUCAGUUGUAAAUACACUUCUUUUUUGGGGUGCAGCUGUUGAUAGCAUUGAUAGUGAAGGCAGAACAGUUCUUAGUAUAGCCUCAGCCCAAGGGAAUGUUGAAGUUGUGCGAACCCUUCUUGACAGAGGCUUAGAUGAAAAUCACCGGGAUGAUGCUGGAUGGACUCCUCUGCACAUGGCAUCUUUUGAGGGGCACCGAUUAAUAUGUGAAGCAUUAAUUGAACAAGGUGCUAGAACAAAUGAAAUUGAUAAUGAUGGACGUAUACCUUUAAUACUGGCUGCACAAGAAGGACACUAUGAUUGUGUGCAAAUAUUGUUGGAGAGUAAAUCUGUAGUUGAUCAAAAGGGUUAUGAUGGUCGAAAUGCUCUUCGUGUUGCAUCUUUGGAAGGACACCGAGACAUAGUUGAAUUGCUUUUUACUAAUGGUGCAGACAUUAAUGCUAAGGAUGCUGAUGGACGACCAACCCUUUAUAUAUUGUCACUGGAAAACCAGCUCACAAUGGCUGAAUAUUUUUUAGAAAAUGGUGCAAACGUAGAAGCUAGUGAUACUGAAGGAAGAACCGCUCUCCAUGUUUCCUGCUGGCAGGGUCAUUUGGAGAUGGUUCAGUCUCUUAUAUCAUACCGGGCCGAUGUCAAUGCGUCAGACAAUGAGAAGCGAUCUGCCUUACAGUCUGCUGCUUGGCAAGGUCAUGUAAAAGUGGUACAACUGUUAAUCGACCAAGGAGCACUUGUUGACCAUACUUGUAACCAAGGUGCUACUGCACUGUGUAUUGCAGCACAGGAAGGUCACACAGAUGUUGUCCAAGUUUUGUUGGAGCAUGGAGCAGAUCCAAAUCAUGCUGAUCAAUUUGGACGAACAGCUAUGAGAGUAGCAGCAAAAAAUGGACACACUCAAAUAAUCAAACUCCUUGACAAAUAUGGAGCCACAACACUAAAUGGAUGCAAUCCAUCCCCUGUUCAUACCAUGGAGCAAAAGGCCUUAAAUCCAUCCUCGACAAAAGUACAGUCUUUAACAAUUAAAUCUAACAGUUCAUCUAGUACAGGUGGUGGUGAUGUGCAUCCUACAAUGCGUGGCAUGUGUAAUGGACCUUCACAUGCUUUUAGCUCUCCUUCAGAAUCUCCAGAUUCGACAGUGGAUCGACACAAGUCAUCACUAUCAAAUAAUUCCUUGAAGAGUUCAAAAAAUUCUUCACUUCGCACAACGUCUUCUACAGCAACAGCUCAAACAGUGCCUAUCGAUAGUUUCCAUUGCCUUUCUUUUACUGAACAAAUUCAGCAGCACUCGUUACCACGUAGUAGAAGCAGACAGUCUGUAGUUUCUCCUACUUCCACAACACAUUCUUUGGGACAAAAUAAUUCGCCAACAAGUGAAUUUGAAUGGAGCCAAGUUAAACCUAGUUUAAAAUCCACAAAGUCAAAUAAAGGAGGGAAAGGAGAAACCUCAAACAAAUCAGGCUCUGUAGGAAAGAAAACAAAACUGAAUAGUUGUUCUCAGCCUAAGGUAUUGGAGUAUGAAAUGACUCAGUUUGACAAAAGAGUACAUGUGCCAAGUCCUGUAACUGGGGUGAAUGUACCACUAAAACAGGUCCCAGUUGACACUGCAUCUAAAAUACAAAUCCCGUCUGUGCAACAAGAGGUUGGCCGCUCUCAACAACAAUUUCUGAUUCAACAACAAAGUGCAGAACAAAAGAAAAGAAAUGGCAUAAUGACAAAUCCUAAUUAUCACCUUCAAGGAAACCAAGUUUUUCUUGGUAGAGUUUCUGUGCCACGUGCAAUGCAAGGCCGCGGACAUCAGGAUGUCCUGGAAGGCUACCCUUCAACAGAAACAGAGUUAGGCCUUAACCAGUCAUUGAAACUUCAAAUUGAAGGAUCUGACCCAAGCUUUAACUACAAAAAGGAAACCCCACUAUAA